AUGGGAAGAUUUACUAAGAAAUGAACAGCGCACUGUGAGAUUGCUGAAAAUGAACAUGAAACCAGCAGCUAUGUGCCGAGUCCAGAGUGUUCCUUCACGUCAUUUAAACAAAAAGCACACAUUCCUACCCUGCAAGUUACUUCUAUAGGUAUGUAGACAUUUUAAUGUGACGCAUUUCUUUCCAAGUGCAAAGUAGGGGUAGUGUUUGUUUUGUGGCAGUAAACUCCAAGUCAUGAUUUGCAUCACUAAGCAAAGACUAUAAGUCCUGCACAACAUUUUCUUAAAACGUACAAACAUUAUAGUAUAUGUUUUAAAAGCCUUAAGAAUCAUAGACAAGAAUCAAAUGUUAGUUUUCUGAUAUAUGCAUACGAUAUUUAUUUAUUUCUCUUUAUAUAAAAAAAAAUACCCACUCUACUUAAGAACACUUUUAGAAAUAAAUAUUGAGAUAGAAAUAUUGUGCCUACCGCAUCGAAAUGCCCUAAUCCUGCUCAGAUGCAAAUUUUGUUUGUUCAAAUUUUUGUCAGAUCUUUAAUUAUGGGACCCAAAAUAUGUCAGUGAUAGGCUGAAUAUCGGUUGCCAGAAUGCCAGAAAAAAAAAAAAUUGUUGAAAAUAAUUGAAAGAAUAAUUUGUCUUAGCUACAUUUGCUUAACAUAACAGAACACUAAGUGUAUGUAUUGUCUGGGUAGAAAUGCACCUUUUAAUGGGGUUGUAUUUUUUGUAUAUAUUUAGGAUUUUUCUAAAGGAGUUAUGAAAAAAAUUCUUUCAAUAGUAAAGUUUUCAUGCAGCAUUUUUCCCACAUCUGGUUGCAAUCUGUUCCUAAUACUAGUCCUCUUGGCAUUCCAUAAACUCUCGAUUCACUUUACAAACAAGAAAUUAAUUUUGAAAAGCUACAAUAAUGAUACACAAAACCAAUAAGCUACACUAAUGAUACACGGAACCAUGAUACACAGAACCAAUAAGCUACAAUAAUGAUACACAGAACCAAUAAGCUACGCUAAUGAUACACAGAACCAUGAUACACAGAACCAAUAAGCUACGAUAAUGAUACACAGAACCAAUAAGCUACGCUAAAGAUACACGGAACCAUGAUACACAGAACCAAUAAGCUACGAUAAUGAUACACAGAACCAAUAAGCUACAAUAAUGAUACACAGAACCAAUAAGCUAUAAAAUGAUACACAGAACCUUCAAAGUUUAUAAAUUAAUUUGUAUCUAAGAGGGGACAGUCAAGCCGUGCAUUACUCUUACACUUAAAGGAACACUAUAGUCACCAAGACCACUUCAUCUCAAUGAAGUUGUCUGGGUGCAGUGUUCUUUCAUUUUAACACUGCAAUGUAAACCAUUUGUCAGAACCUGCAAUGUUCACAUUGCAGAAUUAAAUCCACUAGUAGUGGGUCACUCCAACCACUAGAAGCGCUUCCUCCUUCUGACCGAGUAAAACUUGAUCUGGUAACGGCAGCAUUUGAUUGGAGGAGCGCAGCAUUUUACCACGCAUGUGCUCGCCAAUCAAGUGAUUCUCUAUGAGAUGUAUUGGAUUGGACAAGAUUGUGGGUGACGUUGGCAUCCUUGAGAUAUUGUAUCUUUACAAGAGUUAUUGUAUCUUUUUUUUUCUGAUUUAAUGUUAGUCCACCAUGUAGAUUCUGCACAUAAAGUAAUACCACAUAAAUCAAAUUGUUAAAGCAGUAUUGGUCUGUGCACCACUUCUGAAAUGCUAACAUUUCAUCAAUACAGUUUGCAUAAAAGAAAAAAAAACUAAACACAAAUACAAAUGCUUAACCCCUUCACAACCGGAAAAAAAUCCCCUUGAGGACCGGUGACGGUCCUGAACCGUCAUAACGGAAAUAUUUACUCACCCGGUCGCCAUCAUUCCCCCUGCGGCGAUCAGCGUUGCUCCCAGUGUGGAGAGACUACCUGCAGCCCAGGCAGUCUCCCCUCUGUGAAUUUGGACCCCGCGGCCAUGUGAUUGCUCUAACAGAGCGGUCACAUGGCCACAGUAGGUGUCCAUGUAUCUGCCUGCAGGGGGACUGUCCCCCUAAUGGUGAAAAAAGUAUUAAAAAGUUAUAAUAAAGCAGUCACAGUAAAAAAAUAAAAUAUGUGUGUAUAUAUAUACAUAUAUAUAUAUAUAUAUAUAUAUAUAUAUAUAUAUAUAUAUAUAUAUAUAUAUAUAUAUAUAUAUAUAUAUAUAUAUACCUAUAUAUAUAUAUACAUAUAUAUAUGUAUAUAUAUCUUAUAUACAUAAUGUCAAACUAAGUGUAUUUUUAUAUUUAUAUAUACAUAUAUUAAUAUAAAAAUACACGUAUAAUUAAAUUACACGCGUGUAUAUAUAUAUAUAUAUAAUAUAUAUAAUAACUAUAUAUUAUAAAAGAAAUAAUAAGUAAAUAAAAAUAAACUUUUUUUAAAAUAAUUUUUAAAAAAUUAUAUAUGUAAUUUUAUUCUAACUGUAUUUUGAUAUUAAUAUAUAUAAAUAUUUAUAUCAAAAUACACUUAGAAUGAAAUUAUAUAUAUAUCUAUGUAUAUAUAAAUAAAUAAAAAUACAAAAUAUAUAUAUCCAUAUACAAAAUUACAUAAAUAAUUUCAUAAAUAUACACGUAGACUUCAAAUAUAUAAAAAUAUAAAUAUAUUUAAAUUAUACGUGCAUAUUUAUGUAAUAUUUUUACAUAAUUAAGUAAUUUUAUUGUUUGCAAUUUGAGGGACCUGCCUGACAACCCAGGCCCAAAGUCCAGAGAAUUUAACUUGCUAGCACUGUAUUUAACCCUGUAACUUUACAUGACAACCUAACACCUGUACAUGGGGGGGUACUGUUUUACUCACGAGACUUCACUGAACACAAAUAUUAGUGUUUUUUUUAAAACAGUAAAACAAAUCACAGCGGUGACAUUUUUCACACACAAACGGCACUUUCACUGAUGAUAUCAUUGUUGUGAUACGUUUUACUGUUUUGAAACACUAAUAUUUGUGUUCAGCAAAGUCUCCCGAGUAUAGCAGUACCCCUCAUGUACAGGUUUUAUAGUGUUUGUGAAACUUACUUUGUUACAUUGAAAUUUGCCUGGUUGGUUAUGUUGUCUUUGAGAGCGUAUGGUAGCCCAGGAUUAGAAUAAGAAUUACCCCCAUGAUGGCAUACCAUUUGCAAAAGAAGACAACCCAAGGUAUUGCAAAUGGGGUAUGUCCAGUCUUUUUUAGUAGCCACUUAGUUACAAACACUGGCCAAAGUUAGCAUUCAUAAUUGUGUUUUGCAUUUUUAACACACAAACAAAUAUAAAUGCUAAAUUUGGCCAGUGUUUGUGAAUAAGUGGCUACUAAAAAAAGACUGGACAUACCCCAUAUUGAAUACCCUGGGUUGUCUACUUUAAAAAAAAUAUGUACAUGUUGGGUGUGAUUCAGAGAUUUAUGACAGAUAACAGUGUUACAAUGUCACUAUUGACACAUUUUAAACCGCAAUUUCCUACUUGUACUUAUAGCCCUAUAUCUUGAAGGAAAAAAAAAGCAUGUAAACACUGGGUGUUUUUAACCCCUUCAGACCGGAGGACGUACUAUUACGCCCUAUUUUAGGUGGCUCUAAACGCCGCCGUGCGUAAUAGUACGCCCUCCGGUUUUUGUUUACUUACCCGAUCGCCGGCGGUCCCACACCGGCGAUUGCGGUUGGGGGGACUCCCAGGGAGCCCCACGCGGCACAUCUUCUCUCGUGCAGCCACCCCGGCCAUGUGAGAGUGAGGUCCUUGCGACCUCACAAUCACAUGGCCGGGUUAGCUGCCUGCUGUACUGCCAGCAGGGGGACUGCCUGUAAUGACAGGUAGUCCCCCUGCAGGCUGGAAAUAAAAAUCAAAUAAAAGUUAAUAAAGUGUAAAAAAAAAUAAAAAAAAAAUAUAUAUAUAUAUAUAUAUAUAUAUAUAUACACACACACUUAGAUCAUAAGUAUAUAUAUAUAUAUAUAUAUACACAUAUACAUACACACACAUACACUGUCUAGGUGUAUUUUACUAUUAAUAUAUAUAUAAUUAUAUAUAUAUCUAUAUAUUAAUAUCACAUUACACGUAGACUGAUACUGAUUAAAUAUAUAUACAUAAUUAUUGUUAUAUAUAUAUAUUUAUAUCUAAUAAAAAAAAAUUGUAAAUACGUUAAAAAAUAAAAUUAAAAAAAUAAUUAAAAAUAAAUAAUUAAAAAAUAUAUAGAUGUAUGUUAUUUCGUUCUAACUGUAUUGUGAUAUUAAUACAUAUAUUUAUAUCAAAAUACACGUAGAAUGAAAUAAUAUAUAUAUCUAUAUACAUAAAUAUAUACAUAUAUAUCACUAUAUAUAUAUACCUAUAUAUAAAUAAAAAUAUAUUUUUUAAAAAUUAUAUAUAUAUAUAUAUAUAUACAUAUAUAUAUACAAAUAUUAAUUCUACAUAUAUAAUUUAUGUAAUAUUUUUACAUAAUUAGGUAUCUUAAUUAAUUACAAUUAGCGGGACCUACCUGACAACCCACGCCAAAAGUAAAGGGAAUUUAAUUUGUUAGCACUGUAUUUAACCCUAUAACUUUCCAAGACACCAUAAAACCUAUACAUGGGGGGUACUGUUCUACUCGGGAGACUUCGCUGAACACAAAUAUUAGUGUUCCAAAACAGUAAAAUGUAUUACAACGAUGAUAUCGCCAGUAAAAGUGACGUUUUUUGCAUGUUUCACGCACAAACAGCACUUACACGGACGAUAUUAUUGCUGCGAUACUUUUUACUGUUUUGAAACACAAAUAUUUGUGUUCAGCGAAGUCUCCCGAGUACAACAGUACAUCUCAUGUACAGGUUUUAUGCUGUUUUCAAAAGUUACAGCAUUAAAUAUAAGGCUUGUGUUUCAUUUUUUUCACAUUAAAAUUCGCCAGAUUGGUUAGGUUGCCUUUGAGACCCUAUGGUAGCCCAAGAAUGAAAAUUAACCCUAUGAUGGCAUACCAUUUGCAAAAGAAGACAACCCAAGGUAUUGCAAACGGGGUAUGUCCAGUCUUUUUUGUAGCCACUUAGUCACAGACACUGGCCAAAAUUGGCGGGUUUUUUGCAUUUUUCACACACAAACAAAUACUAACGCUAACUUUGGCCAGUGUUUGUGAUCAAAUGGCUACUAAAAAAGACUGGACAUACCCCAUUUGCAAUACCUUGGGUUGUCUACUAUUGCAAAUGGUAUGCCAUUAUGGGUGUAAAUUUCAUUCCUGGGCUACUAUACAGUCUCAAAGGCAACAUAACCUAUCUGGCAAAUUUCAAUUUCAAAUGUAACGUGCUAUAUUUGACCCUGUAACUUCCCAAAACGCCAUAAAACCUGUACAUAGGGGGUACUGUUUUACACAUGAGACUUUGCUGAAUACAAAUAUGUGUAUUUUAUUGCAGUAAAAGCAAACAGUAUUAUGACAGUUAAAAUGCCAUGUAGAACUAAAAAAAAAAAAGAAUUCUUAUUUUCUCCCAUUUUUUUCAUAUUAAAUUAUGUUUCACAGCUAAAUAUUUGAUAUUAAAUAAAAGCCCCUGAAUAAAAUGAUAUAUAAUAAGGGUGGGUGCAUUUACUAUGAAAGAGGUGAAUUACGAUUGGACAGACAUGUAGCGCAAAUGCCAGGUUUUGUUUACAUUUUGUUUUGUUCACAACGUGUACAUUUGGCUCCGUCCUUAAGGGGUUAAACUCAGGACAAAAUUUUAAAUCUAUUUAGCAGUUUUUUUUUCAUUAGCUAAGUAAAAGAUUUUUCAAGUAAAAGUCAAAAAACAUGGUUUGUUUUUAAAUAUUUUCACCAUAUUUAUUAUUAUUUUUUAAAGUAAAUUAUAUGACAUGAUACAAAUAAUGGUAUUUAAAGAAAGCCCUUCUAGUCCUGAAAAAAACAAUAUAUCAUUUGUAUCGGAACAGUAAACGAGAGAGAAGAAAAUUGCAGCUAAACACAAACACCACAAAAGUGUUAAAACAGCCCUGGUCCUUAACGUACAACAUGGCCAAAACAGUCCAGUCCUUAAGGGGUUAAAAUUCAUCAUGCAUGGGUUAUCGAUGUCAGGAAAAAGACUAUAAAGAAUGUGUUAACUGCAUGAAAUAUCAGAGAUACUUAUUGGUUAACAAGGUGCUUAAAAUCACAGCAAAAUAUGGUUCCUUUACAUAUACAUAGGGAUUAAAGAGAGAGCGCAGGUUAUUACUAUAUAUAUUGAGGCUGAUGUGUACUGUAGUCGUUGCUGCUGCCCAGGAGUGAUGGGAGUGAGCGCAGGACUUAUCUUUCUGUAUUUGUAUUCACUAAACAAUGAAUGGCGACCGAAUGGAAGCCAAGUGUUGUUCGAUUGUCACAAUUCAUUCUUUUUAACCAAGUGUGACCCAUUCGGCUAUUUAUGAGAGGCAGAUUUGAUUAUUUCAACAGAUUUGCACUUCUAGCAAUUCAGUUGUCUGUGGAAAUAAGUAAAAUUUCCAUAUAACAUGGAUGAUUAAGCUAUCUGUAAACUGCUGAACUGCAAAUGUAUUACCAAUCUUAUUUCCCUCAUUCAGAUCAGGAGGAUUGUUUCAAUAAAAUUCUCACCCCCCCUAAUACUAACCACCAUCCCAGUAUCUCUAUAAUGAUACUCAGCUUUAAAUCUCACCAAAACCUAUUCAUAACUUAAGUCGUGUCCUUUUUUUUUUUUUCUUGUAGCAGUGAAAUGUGAUUGAGCCAUUUGCAAAUUAACCGUAAUAGUGAAUUUCAGUGAAUAUAGGCCCAUUAGUAUGAAAUAAUAACAGUAGUGCAAGUACAAUGACAUGUUACUAAGUAACUAUCUCUGAAAUAAAUGCCACAUUUUCAUCAUGCUAGUGGAAACUGGCAGUCUCAUUUAUUUUCAUGUAUUUGUCUAAAUGUCUUGUCUUGAAAUAUCUUGUGCUUAAAAUAAAACUCAAAGUGAAUGAACCUGGGAAUAAGAACUACAGAAAAGGUAGAUACAUUGAAUAGAGUUCCCACUGAAGGAGCAAAGGCUAGCACAGUACAGUGAUUCCGGAAUGCUUGGAAUUUAAUGUAAAUGUGCACAUGCUUAAGAACUAAUAGGCAAAAUCACUUUUUUAAUAAGCUGCUUUUUAUCAGCCUUCACAAUCUAUUUUUCAAAGUUGAAUCUCAUAUAUAUGGGAUAUGUAGACUCAUAAACACCACCUAGCAAUCAUAGCAACUUGUCUUUCCUCUUUUCCUUUUAUUGUUUAGACCAGGGGUUCCCUGGUACUACCCCUACCAUUCCAGGAUUUAGGGAUUACCUGGUUGUGUCUACGGUGGGUUUUUUUUCUUUCUAAAAAAAAAUAAAAAAAAAUGACAGAACUAUGGUAAUCUCUAACUCCUGGACUGUUAGGGGGGACUUGAGGACUGGGUUGGGAACCACUGGUUUAGACCAGAUAUAGGGCUAUUUGGGACUAUGUAUUCUAUGAUAGGUGAUAAUUGAAUUAUCCUAAAUGCAACAGUUUUAUUUUUAAUUAUCAGUUUGGUUUUUCAAUACAUUUGCAGUUUAAACCACUGUAAAAGAACCACUAUGUUUGUCAUUAACUCUUUAUGAUUUAAUUUAAUUCCUCUAUAUUACAAAGAAGCACAGGUCUCUCUGGUCUUAAAAAUAGAUACAUGUAUGCCAGUUGGGAACUCCACUCAGUGGCAGUAAUCAGUGAAUGCACCCGAUGAACCCAACUUGGCUAGCCUCUCAGAAACCCAAUAAACAUAAAAAAAUGGAUGUGAGCAUUCCAGGAGGAUGUAAGUUACCGACUUUAAUUUGAAGUUAGGUACACAGCCACGCAAUGCGGCCUUUGUUAAAUCUAAAUUCACCUUCACACCAUAACAUUCUCUUCCUUCCAAGCUGGAUGACUUUGCCACCCCUUUUUGGUGAUCUCUUAGCCAUCAUUGUAUUUUAUUUUGCUGCCCAUCACGUGCCUUGUCUGCCAUCCCAUGCUCCUAUCACAUACCAUAUGCAUCUGCCAUCCAUCUAUAUACUCACUUUUUCUCCCAUGCCAUGCUGCAUUUUCCAUGGCUGACCCUGCCUCCUCAAGAUUGAUGAUCUUAGCCAAUCCAAUGCUUGCCUAUGAGGCUAUGCCAAUCAGAUAGUCACUAUGAAAUAGCUGUGACUAGUUGGAAGUGCCUCUAUUGGCUGUCAGUGUGACAGUCACUAGAGGCAUUUUAACCCUGCAAUGUCAGCAAUAUCUAAUUUAAUUAGGUUUUUGUUUUGCAGGGUGAAAACAAAAACAGUAAGUACAGUUAGCAUGUCAGCCAAGCAUACAGCACCUCUACAGACAUCUUAGUAGUAAAAUACACAACACAAGGACUAUUUGAUUACAUUGUAGAGCCUUUGUCUAACAGUAUUUCAUGCGAACUGCAUGUCACAAGAGGCAUCAUCUCAAUAUGGUUAGGUUCUUGUGCCUUAACAAGUUCAGCAUUAGACCUCACAGCAAUGCAUAUGAGAUACAAUUGAGAGAAAUACCAACAACAAACAGGGAGGGACAAAAAAAAUAAAUAAGGAAAUGAAAGUAACAUUGAACAUUAAUGCAGAACAUCAGUGACCCCUAAGGACUGCCAGGAGGAAGGAGAUAAUACCAAUUGUGAAUGUGUGCCGGUUCGCAGGGUGAGGUGGAAACGCGAAGCAGCAUUCAGCUUCUGGCAGUAUGUAUGUCACUGUGUAUGGUUAUGUGUGUAUUGGUUGGGUUCGCUUUUAGCCAGCAUUCCCAUUUCCUGUAAUAAGCUGCUUUUUAUCCCUCUUACUCUGAAAGCUAACUUUUCUAGCUCGCUUGUGGCUACUAGUCUGUCUGUAACUUCCAGUAUGGUAGGUGGGGUGGUCCCCCUCCAAAGGCAAGCAAUGUUUAUCUUAGUGGCCAGCAAAAGGUGAAUAAGCACUACCUUGUUAUGCACUGAGUCUAAAUUUGGGAUUAUGUGGAGCAGGUAGCAUGCUAGUUGAAAGGCUAAAGUGGUCUUGGUAAUGAGCGAGGGCCCUAAAGCUAAAUUUUGUGAUAAUCUCAUGCCCCUGAAUUAUGUCUCUCAUUUUCCUAUAUUCCUGCAAUGGUGUUUUCUAUACAAAAAAAUAAAAAAUGAGGCUAAUUGUCUUGAGAUGUUGUACACUGCAUUGUAAUACCAUUGUUUUGUAUGGAACUUUACUGUGCCUUUUUACUACAUUGUGUAUUCUUAAACUUCUUCAUUCUAAUAAAAAGAAAUUGAUAAAAAAAAAAAAAGUGGUCUUGGUAAUGUUUUGAAAUGAAAAUGUUUCCUCCACCUUUGACCAAUAUGUUGAUAAUUUGGGACAUUCCCAGAAUAUGUGAGUGAAGGAUCCCGUUCCCGCCCCACAUGUCCAACAUAGAGGGGAUGCAGUACUGUAGAUCCUAUCUAGCUUUUGUGGUACCAUGUACCAUCGCAUUAAGAUCUUGCAGUAGGCCUCCCAAUGAUAAAGACUACCUGAAGACGAUUUUGUUGUCCUCACGCAUUGUAUCCAAUCGGACAAGGGUAGCUCUAUACCCAGUUCCUUUUCCCAUUGCGUCAUGUAAGGCAUCGUCUCUGAUGCAUUCAUGUUAUGGAAGGCGUUGUAGCAAAGUCAUAAUGCCUUGGUGAGGGUGUGAGUGGUCGUGCAACUGUGACCUAUCGGUGUAAGGUGCGAUGUCAUCCCAGGUGUAAUUUUAUGUGUUUCAAUUAUAUGUUUAAUGCGGAGAUAUGUGAAUAUUUCUCCAGAUGAAAGUUGAAGUUCUGUUUGCAGGGUUGGGAAAUGUUUCAUCCCUACUGCACUGUAGAGUGAGCCCACUCUUAGCCGACCAUCUUUUGACCAGUUGUCCAGCCUAAUAUCCUGUGCUAGAGUGCCCAAUGUGCUGAGAGGAGCCAAGGAGAGAAGGCUGUCCGUCCCCAUCAGGGGUCGUGCCCACCUCUGCCCGCCUGUGGUCAGAAAUGUUGUGCUUGGUAGGCAGUUGGAUUCCCUAUUACUGGGUAUGGAGAAGGACUACAAUAUUCCUUUAAUUUUGUGAGAACAGAUGCAUGCGUCAUCCAGUGGGAGCCACACUGGGGAUAUGUUAGUUUUUAUAAUUGUUAAUCCUUGAGCUACCACUGUGGCUGUGUAAUAUGUUGCAAUGUGUGGAAUUCCCAAUAAAACUUCGUAAUUUCGCAGCCACGUUAAUUUCUUCCAAACGUGGGCGUUAAGUGUAGAUUGGAAUUUACGUAUCAGGCCAUUCGGUAAGGCAAUUGGAAUUGUGCGAAAAAGAUAAAGAAUGUGAGACAGUGCCAUUAUCUUAAUAGUGUCUAUUCUGCCAAGCCAUUAUAUGUCUAGUUCUCUCCAGGUAUCCAACUGAGUGUGUAGUUUGUUUGUGAGGGCUUUAUGAUUUUCCUGGAUCAAGGAGGGCAUUGGAAAUGCAAUGUUUUACAAUACAAGGUUAAAACAAAGAGGACAUGGUGAUGAUGUGGUCUAGGUGCCUUAAUGCUGUGAAUCUGCAGUUCUAUUGCCAUUUAAGGUGUGUGUACAAACUGAUAUAUAUCUGUUUGACUGGAUGUUUAUUUCCAUCAAUUCUUCCAAUUGUACCUUUUCCGUUUGUCAAUUUUAAUUAAAAACUUUUUUUUUUUUUUUUUUUUUUAAAUCAGCAAGUUGUGCAGAUUUAUGGGCACCUAAUAUAGGAUUAAAAGAGAUUUUGUCUCUUAAAUUUAGCAAGAGGGAAAUCAAGGACAAUUAAAUUAUGCAAAUAUAAAGAUUAUGUAAUGAGCCUAUAUAUUAAUAGCAGGAAGGAAAUUAUGACUAGAUGAAUAUAAUGGAUACUUUUAUAAAUAGCAACAGCAAUACCAUACCAAUUAAAGUAUUUAAAAAGAUAAUAGAAGUAUAUACUAAGAGAUAUACCACUGCCUCCUAUAUAAAUGUUAACCAGAGAAGUGUUGGCAACUUUAGGUCUGAGGAGCAAAUACACACAAGUAGUCUUUUUUGCACAUCUAACUCAGAUUUCAGUGUGGAUGGUCACACUCACCCAAUAUAUGUAGCAUUCAAUACAUAUAUAUGUAUAUACAUAUUUAUAUUUGUGGUGUGGACCAUAAGUUGAUAGAAUGUUGAAUGUGAGUAACUCAAAAACCAACAAAUUGAAUAUUACAAAGUCGGUUGUGGUGUUCCAAUACCGACGCAUGGUUAAGCCUGCAAACAUAUUAAAUGGUAAACUUUAUUAAAUUACCAUAUCACUGAUUUACAAGGCAAUAGUGUGGAAAUGCUUGUCUAAUUUCUUUCUCUGGCUGGCAUAUAUAUCAUCAAUAGACUGAAGAUUUCCAUUAAUAAAAAGGUAUUUUAAUGAUGUGAGUAAGAAUAUUAUGGCUUGAUGCAGCAGUUGCUGCCCCCAAGCGAAACGAGUGACCUGAGAAAGAAGGAUUAAGACCUAACCUAACUAAGAGAGUCCUGAUGUAUAGAAUACAUUUUUAAGUUGUAAGAGAAUUCCCAUGCAACGUUAGCAGCGGAGAAAUAGGGGGUUGUUAUGUAAGCAAUUUAGCGAGUUUGUCUAGUACCUUUACUGGACACCAAUUAGUAUCUGAUGGGUAAAAUGGGGGGGGGGGGGUACUUGGCCAAAUUUGGUUUGUUUGAUCAUGUUGUAAGCUAAUUUUAAUGAAAGAUUGCAAAAACUGGUAAAAGCAACCAGAGUUUUGAUAGAAAACUAAUUUAUUCUGCGAAAGUCAGCAACACAUUUUAUAAAUAACUUAUAUGCUCUGUUACACGAUUUGUUUUGUGUUUUCUGACAAUCCUGCUUUUUACUUUAAGACAAGGGUAGGUUUAGUCUAUGGUUAGUUCCUGGAAAUCUGGGGGUAUAGUAUUAUGUUUUUCUAUUGUAAGAAAGUUGUCUAAAUAGUGUAUCACCACUGGGCAUCUGCAUUUAUUAAGGAGGAGCUACUUUUAGAUCCAAACGUUGCCUUGUAGCAAAGAAAUACUGUUUUCCCACUUAACCCCAUGCUAAUGCCACAGGGAAGGAAGUAUGGGAAGCAGUAUAAAUGCAUUGGAUAUGUCAGAUUUACUUAACCAUGCUCCUUGUCCUCUGUCAAUGAUUGCUUUUAUAGUGUCAUCUAUUUUGGAGUAUUGUAACAAAAAGUCUUCUGAGGGUAUGAGAGAGUUUAAGCUAGGUGUAGUAGAAAAAUAAGGAGCAGAGAAAUUGAAAAUCAAUCUUUUUUUUUAAUUAUUGAGUUUACAGGUUACGAUGGCAAGAGGACUAGUCCUUUAAUUGGAAAUAUUUGGUUUUUUGAAUGGCCCUAUCAUGAAGCCUUGGUCAAUUUCUUUAGUAAGCAGCUGAUUAAGAUUCUGGGCACCUUUGGUUGCUCACUGGGAUUCUUACAUUCAAAUGUACCUGUAGGGGAGGGAAACUAAACCUGUAUGGAAACCCAAAGAGAAUCAGGAAUUCAAAAAUUCCACUAGAUAAGGUGAGGGGUGAUCCAUUAAAUAAGGGUUUAGUACAUCAAAGAGAUAGUUUGUGCUUGUGCCCUAAAAUACAAAGAACAAAUGUGAAGCAGCCUACAGGCGCUGAACUUACAACUCCCUGUGUUAAUAUUACUAUUGCAUACUUGUGCUUUCCCAGGAAAAUGAAGGGUCUCCUUAAUGUAUCCUUCUACUCUCUUCCGGCUGGUCUGAACAUAUUAUCUGUAGAAGUCUGACUGGUGGAGGGAAGACUGACUUCAUUUGGGCAUACAUUAGUGGAAUGGGAGGAGGAUGUAUAUAUUGAACAAACUGGAACCUUGAACCCGACAAAGUGACGGGAAAAAGGUUUGGUGUCUUAACAGGCCCUAGUCUGUCUGGAUGUUAAACUGGGCCAAUGCUGCUGCUGCCUUAAGCAUCUCUAAAGAGACCAAAAACUAAUUUGGGGAUAUUUAAUUUCUUAUUAAGCCUAGGGUCCCAAACAUAUACGAUUUGUUGUCUACUACAUUUUGUGAUGCUUUGAGUGACACCAAUAUCACAUCUUUCCCCUCCAAGAUGUCUUUCCUAAUACUUAGAGCGACUUGGUGUGCUGGAGUGAUAAACAUAAACAUGAAGUUACUUUGUAAUAUUACUUAACAUUUCAGAUGCAUGUUUAUUCCCCACUUGCAUUCCAGAUGUUUGAGCUGCUGUUCACACAAUACUUUGCCAGCAGCAGUAGAGCCAUGCGAUCGUAUGCCAAAGAUCAGUUCAGUAUAAGAGAUUUUUCUGCGGGUGUUUUCUUCAGACCCAAAGCGUCUCUGUAACGAAAAUAUGCAAAGGCUUCAGGUAGUGACUGCUCGAAUUGCUGCGAGCUGACCUGGGGGUGAAGAGGAAGGUAGUUUUGACUUACCUGAACCUGUCUCUCAGGGCAUUUUGUAUCUUUGAAAUUCUUUUUCACGGGGGAAAGGGGGUGACAAUGCCACUUUAAAAUUGGCUGUGUACAUAUUUCUUAUACAGGAUAACGUCACAUUAUUUAGCAAUUUGAGAGUUGUGGCUAAAGCUUCCAGAAGCUAGUGGAUCACUGUACUUCAUGUUCUAAUUUACAGCUGACACCAUGGUAAUGUUAAAGUAUUUUUCUUUAAUCAUAAAAGAUAAAGUGGGAUUUAUUUGCUAAUUUUAAAAUUGUGAAUUAAAACAAAACUGCAAUUAGGCAUAAACUGCUGAUUUGGGGAAAGGGGGUUCGUGGUUAAGAGGCGUGGCUAAGGAGUCAGGAUUAUGAAGCAGAAUUUCUUUUUUUUUUUAACAUGACGGUUAUAGAUAAAUACAACAUGUAUGUGCAGUAAAACUCCCAAGUUAUAUUGGUGCCCACAAUGUCCCUUUAAACCUGUCUUGUAAAAUUGACAGCUGUACUUUAAAAACAUUAAUAUAUCACAUAUAGAUUGUGAGCCAAAUUUCUAGUAAAUGUAUGAAGAAACAAAAAGGCAGUAUUAAUAUUUUACAGUUUCAUCUCAGUAUGUACAUUAUAGCGUCAUUAAUUACAGCUGUGCCAUUCACAGAAAGGUGUGCACCCCCACGUUCACUCAUCAGUAGGGAUGCACCGAAAUGAAAAUUCUGGGCCAAAACUGAAAAUUCAGUAUGUCCCUGGCCGAAAAACCGAAACCGAAAAUUACUUUUUUCCCCAAAUGAUUUUGAAAAAGUUUUUUUCCUCUAAUUAUUUUUAAUAUUAGACUUUUUAAUGAAUUUAAUUAAUCUAAUAUGAAAAACUUCCCUUCUCUUUUAGUGGUCCCCCGCUUAAUGUUCCUCUCUCCCCCCUUUAGUCUUCUUCCCCCCACCUCUCCAGUUCCAUAGUGUUCUUUUCUCCCCUCCCCUGUCCCAGUGUUUUUCCCCACAUCCCAUAGUUUUCUUCCCCCUUCUCCUGUCCCAUAGUGUUCUUACCCCCCUCUCCUGUCCCAUAGUGUUUUCCCCCCCCUCGCCUUUCCCAUAGUGUUCUUCCGCCCCCUCGCCUGUCCCAUAGUGUUCUUCCCUGUCCCAUAGUGUUCUCCCCCCUCCCCUGUCCCAUAGUGUUCUACCCCCAUCCCAUAGUGUUCUCCCCUCUCCCCUGUCCCAUAGUGUCCUUCCCCCCUGUCCCAUAGUGUUCUUCCCCCCCUCCCCUGUCCCAUAGUGUUCUCCCCCAUCCCAUAGUGUUACUUCCCCCUGUCCCAUAUUGUUCUCCCCCCCUGUUCCAUAUUGUUCUUCCCUCCUGUACCAUAUUGUUCUUCCCCCCUCCCCUGUCCCAUAGUGUUCUUUCCCUUCCAUCCAAAAAAACAUUUUUUUUUUUUUUAUUUCGGCAAAUUUGACCCAUUUUCAGCCGAAACGGGAUAGGCCCAUUUUUGGCCGAAAAUUUUGGCAGCUGAAAUUUCGGUGCAUCCCUACUCAUCAGUGUUCAUAACUAAAUCUUAGAAUACUUUCAUCAUGACUGUCAGCCUCAAGAGGCCAAGGUGUACAGGAACAUGCACAUCUCACUAAACAUGCUAUGUAUAUGUUUAAAUCUAUAGAUCUCUGAGUGUUUUAGCACAAAAGUUGAUACAUUACAGUUGUCGAGCGACUUGAAUUGAACUUUGAAUAAAAUAAAUUAUAUAUCGCCUAUACUUGGUGGAAAAAAUUGUGACAUUUUACAGCAAAGGGUUAGGGAACUGGUUUUCGAGUGGUUUAAAACCUGGUCUUAUAGACUAUUUAAUGUUAGGGCUUUUUGUACUGCUGUACCUGUCACGGCUUGCGUCAUACAGUGUUUGGGGAUUUGUAACAAGAGCAAUGGAGGAGGAAUUGGUGUCUACAGAAUUAGAAUGGAAUCAGUGAAAGCUGACAUUUCACUUAUUACCAGUUACAUUGGAAGGGCCAGAGGUGACCGGAAUCCUGUACCUUACAGAUCAGAGAGGCACCAGAGACAACUUCUAGCACAAUAAGAAGUCGUUCAGUCUGAAGACGUAACUAGACUGUGACAUUUCAGUGAUUCUUUGUAAACUGCUGCUUAGCGAGCAGUAGUAAGGUUAAUUUUCAGAAAAUCAAUUAUAACAAAAGAAUGAUGUGUAAAGGAGGUAUCAAAUGUAUCAGUUAAUUAAGCACAGUUGGGAACUGGAAGUUGAGUCUUGGCGAGUUAAAAUGACACACAGCCACAUAUUAUAUGGGCCUGUCAGGUCAGGAUGAUCCCAGCAGUGGCAUGCUGGAGGCUCCUGGACCAGAUCUCUUGGAAGUACUGUAGAAUGUAGGCCCUCGGAGCUAUGCUGCUGCUAAUAUAAAUCACAGCACUGCACUGAUCUAGGAUGCAAAGAAGAUCUUUUUGCUUUCCAUUUAACUCUCCAGCCGCUGGGAAUACUUAAAGAAUCAUACCACACAGAUAUUGUAUCAAUAAGCAUUCCAAGGUUUAAUGCGUUGCACAGCGUAUAUAUUAACCCCUUCAGGACUGAGCCAAAUGUACACGUUUUGAUCAAAAUAAAACGUAAACAAAACUUGGAAUUUGAUUAUAUGUCUGUGCAACCGUAAUUUACCUAUUUCAUAUUAAGUGCACCCACACUUAUUAUAUAUAUAUUUAUUCAGGAGAAAUAGUGUUUUCAUUUGACAUCAAAUAUUUAGCUAUGAAAUAUAAUUUAAUAUGAAUAAAAUAUAAAAGAAAUUGUGAGAAAUUAACAAAUGUUAUUGUUUUAGUUCUGCAUGAUAUUUAUCUGUGAAUGUCAUAAUACUGUUUGCUUUUACUGCAAUAAAAUACACAUAUUUGUAUUCAGCGAUGUCUCGUGUGUGAAACAGUACCCUCUAUAUACAGGCUUUAUGGUGUUUUGGGAAGUUACAAGCUCCAAUAUAACAUGUUACAUUUUUCAUUUUUUUCACAUUGAAAUUUGCCAGAUUGGUUACAUUGCCUUUGUGACUAAGUGGCUACUAAAAAAGACUGGACAUACCCCAUUUGCAAUACCUUGGGUUGUCUACAUUUGCAAAUAGUAUGUCAUCAUGGGGGUAAUUCUCAUUCCUGGGAUACCAUACGGUCUCAAAGGCAACGUAACCAAUCUGGCAAAUUUUAAUGUAAAAAAACUGAAACACAAGCCUUAUAUUUGACCCUGUAACUUUUGAAAACACCAUACAACCUGUACAUGAAGGGUACUGUUAUACUCAGGAGACUUCGCUGAACACAAAUAUUAGUGUUUCAAAACAGUAAAACGAUCACAACAAUUAUAUUGUCAGAGUAAGUGCCGUUUGUGUGUGAAAAAUGCAAAAAACUGCAUUUUUACUGAUGAUAUCAUUGUUGUAAUACAUUUUACUGUUUUGAAACACUAAUAUUUUAGUUCAGCGAAGUCUUCCGAGUAAAACAGUUCCCCCAAUGUACAGGUUCUAUGGUGUCUUGGAAAGUUACAAGGUUAAAUAUAGUGCUAGCAAAUUAAAUUCUCUGGACUUUCUGCCUUGGUUAUCAGGCAGGUCCCGCAAAUUGUAAUUAAUAAAAUGACUUAAUUAUGUAAAAAUAUUACGUAAAUAUAUAUGUAGAAUUAAAAUAUAUAUAUAUAUAUAUAUAUAUAUAUAUACAUAUAUAUAUUUUUUUUUAAUUAUUUUUAUUUAUAUAUAGGUAUAUCUAUAGUGAUAUAUAUACAUAUAUAUUUAUGUAUAUAGAUAUAUAUAUUAUUUCCUUCUAAGUUUAUUUUUAUAUCUAUAUAUAUAUAUAUAUAUAUUAAUAUAAAAAUACAGUUAGAACGAAAUCACACAUAUAUAUAUAUAUUUUUUUAAAUUAUUUAAUUUUUAUUAUUUUUUUAUUUUUAAUUUUUAACUUAUUUAUAUAUUUAUUUUAUAGUAUAAUUUAAUUAAUAUCAUUCCAUGUGUAUUUUGAUAUUAAAAUAUAUACAUUUAUAAAAUUAUAUAUAUAUUAGUAUUAAAAUUCCCUUAGACAGUGUAUGUGUAUAUAUAUAUAUAUAUAUAUAUAUAUAUAUAUAAAUAUAUAUAUAUAUAUAUACUUAGAUCACAUACAUAAUAUAUAUAUAUGCAUGUAUAUAUUAUUUUAGUUUACACUGUGUUUAACCUUUAUUUUACUUUAUUUCAGGCAGCAGGGGGGACUACCUGUCAUCAGGCACCCCCCCUGCUGGCACUGCUAUUGACGGCUAUUCCGUUAAUGUGAUUGUGAGCUCCUCUCAAGGACCUAACGAUCACAUGGGCCAGGAGGGCCUGAUCAGAUGCCGAGGGACUGUCUGGGAUGCUGGACAAGUCCCCCCUAUCGCAAUCGCCAAAGGGGGGUCGCCAGCGAGCAGGUAAGUACUAAGCCGCCCGCUGGCGUUUAGAACCGGAUCCCCAAGAACGGCAUAGCACGCCCACUGUCCUUAAGGGGUUAAACACAGUGUGUCUAGGGGUGUAUACAUCAGAUGGAAAUACUAACCAAUCAUAGAAGUCUCAGAACCAAAAGUAUAAUUUUUCAUAUAACAUCUCGUAAUGCUGUUAGUUAGUUCCUGUUAGCUGAUGCAAGUGACAGUCUUUGAUUUAGGAACCCAAUUAAAACUUGCAGGUGCUUAGAAAGAAUUCUCUUCUUUCAAGUGAAGGAUUUUUAUAAAAAGAUAGUGGAAACUGGUAUCAGGCACACGAACACAAGAACAGAAAAAUAUUGUAUGUUUAAAAAAUGCGAGUUUAACCCUUUCAAAGCACGAGUAUCUUGUAUUAAAAUCAGGCCUACUGAUCACCCAGUCUUUAAAGCCAUCUAUACAGUAAUACUUUAGCUACGUAAUAAGAAAUACAGAAGUAGAAAGCAGGACAUGAGACAGACACCCUGUAACAUAACAUAUAUAUAGCUCUGUAUGUCUAGGGGAAUAUUCACUAAGCAUUGCAUAGGUAAAACUAUUUAUUUUCCAUCAGGGUGUCUCUCUGUCACUCAACUCUUUGCAUUGCACUCCUGCAGGGCCGGUGCAAGGAUUUCUGACUACACAGGCGAAGAUGCGUUUUGCCGCCCCUCCUCCCCCCCAAAAAAUGCAUCUUCACCUGUGUGUCAUGUAACCCCCCCUUUUAAAUUUCUUACCCCUUCAGUGUUUUAUAUCCUAUCAUUCGAAUAUCUUACUCCCUUUUUCUCCUUUGUGUGUCUCACACCGCUUUGCUGUGUAUUAUCUCCUCGUGUUUCUCUUACAACCCAUUUGUGUAUUUUUUACUUACUCCAGCCCCUUUGUCUGUUUCUUUCUUCUCCCCAGCUCCUUUGUAAGUCUUUCUCCCCACAACCCUUCUGUCUGUCUAUGUGUCCUCCCUCAGCCCCUCUGUGUGUCUCUUUGUCCCCUCCCCCCUUGUGCAUUCAGCCUCUAUGAGUUUCUCUUUUUGCCCCCCAGCAUUCCUGUCCCUUUCAAUGUCCCCCUCCCCCUAUACCUUUCAUUGUCCCACCUCCCCUCCUGUGCCUUUAAAUGUCCCCCACCUUUUAUUGCCUCCCCUGAACCUAUUAUCCCCCUCCCCUCCUGUACCUUUUAUAGCCCCCCCUCCUGUAACUCUUCUUGUCCCCCCUCCUGUAACUCUUCUUGUCCCCCCCCCUGUAACUCUUCUUGUCCCUUGCCCUCUCUUGUAACUCUUCUUGCCCUCCCUCCUGUAACUCUUCUUGCCCUCCCUCCUGUAACUUUUAUUGUCCCCCCCUCCUGUAACUCUUCUUGUCCCUCCAUAGCUCUUCUUGUCCCCCCUCCUGUAACUCUUCUUGUCCCCUCCCUCUUGUAAAUUUUAUUGUCCCCCCCUCCUGUAACUUUUAUUGUCCCCCUCUCCUGUAACUCUUCUUGUCCUCCCUCCUGUAACUUUUAUUGUCCCUCACUCCCUUCUUACCUUCCAUUGUGCCUCCUUCUGUAGCGUGGUUGAGCGGGCGGUACGCGGCAGAGGAUCCUGUUUCCUGUCCCAGUCUGACAGGAAGCAGUUUGUUGCAUCUCCUGUCAGACCGGGUAAACCGCGGCCCGCCCGCCCGCUCGGCAACUCUACACGCAAUGACCGGCAGGAGGGGAGCACUAUGCAGUGUGCUCUCCUCCUGCCAGUCACCCGAGGAUUGCGCCCCCCAGGCCAGUGCGCCCUAAGGCGGCCGCUUGUGCCGCCUUAUGGUAGCGCCGGCCCUGCACUCCUGGUUUAAAUGAGAGCAAAAUAAAUACCACAAAGGAAAAACACUGGAAUUUGCCUUGUUUGUCCUCUUAUUGCAUAUGUUGUGUUCCUUAGGAUUGUCAGAGUUAUUCACUAAAGUGAGAAUUGGCAGGAAUUCAAAAUGAAUUAAAAGUGAAUUUCAAAUUUAAGGUCAUAUUUACCGAACUGGAAAUUCACCAAGUCAGCUAUCCUUCCAGUUCGGCUAUUUUGAAAUACGGUCCCAUAAUUACAUUUUGGCUUGAAAGCUUAAAAUCCAGGCCCAGAGUUUAAAAAUCUGAACUAUUUGCCCACUGGCAGCACUAGCAGGGGUUACUAAUAAAAUAUAGAAAGGUUGGACAUACCAUUAUCCGCCCCCCUCAAAAAAUGUCCCCCACCACUAAACCUUCUGGGUGGCUAAGGGUCUCUAGCCACCCCUCCAAAACAAUAGUGAUGGGAGGCACCAAAAAAAUUCUAAUACCUAUGAAAAAAAUACCAUCUGAUGUGUUCUGAAAUCUUGUUUUCUUUGGCCCCACAAAUAUUAAUAAUAAUAAAGGAAACUCUGAAGACAUACAUAGAUAGAUAUUGCUUUCAUAAAACAUGUUAAAAUUACAACAUAAAAUAUGCACAGACCACAAAAUCCUGAAAUAUUAGUUAAAUAGUCUGAUAAAUUGAUAAUAGAGAGAGAGGUCCAGGCACUCCAUGACUUCUGACCCUCUCCCUUUUUUCUUCCGUUACCCCUCCCCCCGCCCCCCAAUAACUCACAGACAACCAAAUUGUGGGUAAGGGCAACGGCCACAGCUUUGAUUAGUAAGCCAGCAUAACAUGAACAACUGUCAGCUGUUGGACUUUUCCAGCUAACCAUAACUUUAUUCUUCCCGAGCCUCUUCAGCCUGAAGUCCGUUCUCAACCAGACCAGGCUGCGACUCCCCAAGCCCGUCCAGGCAAUGAUCUCAGUUCCACUUGCAGGCGAAGGACAAACCGUCACCACAGCCUCUACCUAUCCUGUGUUCAAUGGCCGACUAAUCCCAAAUUGAAAAUAUCCAACCCAAUUUCAUUCAGGUGGACCCUAAUUAGGUUUAAGUUGUUCCCUUCCAGCUCCACAUGACGAGCCACAACACCACCCAGCCUCCACACAAAACGUGAAAUCAUUACAUUGAACCGCCGCCUGCCGUGCUCCACCGCCUUGGCAUGUGGCAGCCCCAAGCCAUACAAGGAAUGACUUUGGACCACACCAGCGUGACGUCACUGAAGAGCGCCAUACACCAAGCCAAAUCUACGACACGGCUCAGUCCCAAGUCACUCCCCCCGGCAUGAAUCACCAGAACCACUGGCCUGGUCAUGAAGCGACAGAGCGCAACGCACUCUGGAUACACUUGGUGCCAACCCAAACCCCAUAUCCCCGCCAUCGUACCCUAACCUGCCCAUGUGGGAGCCCUAGAUUCCGGCCGUACGGUCUUUGUUCUGCACGCCUAGCCGCCCAAUAAAGUGACCGAUGAUCCAAACAUACCGGGGGAACCUGUAGAGAGAAGACAACACAGCAUAAUCCACCUAAGCCCUAUAAUAGGUGAGGACGAAUGUACAACUGAAAUCUGUGGGAAUCACACCCACCCAUGCGCUGAAUUGCAGCAUCAGACAGCCCUACCUGCCGCACCUGCAUUGCUGCACCAAUCCAAAAGGAGUGGGGACAGUAUCCCCCAUCCUCCACACCCAACACCCGCAACCCAGCCUUGAAAACACAGGAGAACUGAGACCAAGUUAAGAUUGAUCCAUUUGGAAGGAAGAAAGACUCUGCCGCCUCCGGUCGUGACCGCAAAUAUUGCCCUACAAGCGCCACCAGACACCACCUUCUCCCAGUAGCACCAAUACUAACCGUCCUCCCACGUUCUAGCUGGUCUGUUUUGGACUUCCGAAUGAACAACUCCACUCCACCCUGCCCCACCCAAACAUCCUCCCUCGUGGCCACCAACUCUCCUAUCCACAGCGCGGAAUAAAAACACAGAGAAAAGGCUACCCGAGACAGCAGCGCCUCGAAGGCGGAGGAGCACACCGACGAGAAAACACCACACAGUGCAUCCAACAGAUGGAUGGACACCAGCCGCCUUCAAUCCUGAACCCUCUCCUUCCUCCACCCCCGAAGCUCCCUGUGGACUACGAACUAUUUGAAAACGUCCUCCCACCCCAAAUAACGCAUCAGAAAGGAAAGAGCCACUAAACUGCAUUGUUCCACCGACAACACUGAUGAUGCGCACUCCCGUAAGGUUGACAUGUAAGCCAAAGUAGACAGCAACCAAACCGAACUCUCCCGCAUAAUCCAGCCACUGCUCCCACACUGCCCGAUACGCUGUCCACGAAGCGGGAGCCAGCGAUCUCUCAAAGAGGUCUGCUAGGAUCCGAAAUCAAGGGUCCACAAGCACGUGGGAUAUACCAGACCAUCUGCCUUGGCUCCCGGUGCGACUUCCUAAAAACUAUCCCACUGAAAGCGAGAAAGAGAAUCGGCAAUAACAUUAGACACCCAGGGAACAUGCAAUGCCCGAAACCAAAUAUUAAAUUCCAGACAACGCAGCACCAACCGACGCAACAGAGCCAAAACUGGAACCGAACCCAACAAAAUCGAUUCACCACAUGGACCACACUCAUGUUGUCCGUGCGGAAAACCACCUGCCUGUUCAAGAGCUGCUCCCCCCACAAUUCCACCGCUACCACAAUAGGGAAAAGCUCGAGAAAAGUCAAGUUCCGUAUCAGUUCCGCCUCGUGCCAUGCUGCUGGCCAAGGCUCUGCACACCAAUGUCCCCCCAAAAAAGCACCAAAGCCCAAGGAGCCAGAGGCAUCCGUGACCAACUCCAGGGCCACAUUUGAUAUCGCUUCCUGCCGCCAAAACGUCCAACCAUUGUACUCCGCUAGGAACUCCCUCAAAUCAUCCUUAAGCCACUUGGUAAACUGAAUAAAGUGAUGGGGAAGACUAAUGCCGACAGUAGCAAGAGACAGAUGCCUACAAAACACCCGACCCAUAGGCAUGGUCCGACAAGCAAAGUUUAGAUGGCCCAACAGGAUUGAAUCUGCCGAAGCUGCACUUUCCGAGCACCCCUCACCUGAUCAACCAAGGUGGUAAGGAUCCCCAAUUUGUCCACAGGCAUACAAAAAACCAAGCUGAUGGAGUCAAUCUCAAUACCCAGGAAGGAAAUCACCACCCUCGGGCCCUCCGUCUUGUCCUCUGCCACUGAAACCCCCAAAUCUAGCAUAACCGCCCUAAACUGUCCCAACAAAUCCUCACACCUCGAAGAAGGCACAGGACCAACGAACAAGAAGUAAUUAAGAUAGUGCAGGAGGGAAGAGAAGCCCGACAUCCACGCCACAAUCUAUGACACCCCAACAAAUGAAAACAGGUAGGGUGAACUGGCAGCAACCGAAAAGCCGACUGGAUGUCCAACUUAGCCAUCAGGGCCCUGGGCCCUGCUUCCCGAACGAGAUCCAGAGCCCGAUCAAACGAGGCGUAUCGGACCCGACUAUCCUCCUUCGAUAUCCUGUCAAACCUGUCCUAACCAAGGACCCCGCUGGAAAGGACAGGUGAUGAAUAAGCCGAAAUGCCCGCUAAUGAUCCAACGGAGGAAUGGAAAACGGAUCCGCCAUCCGUCCCAUCAUCACUUCUUUUCUCAGCUUAGCUGGCAGCACCCCUUCCUUAUCCUGUAUGGAGGACAAAUUGUGCGCAAACUACACCUUCCCCCCCCCCCCGACGGAGUAAAUGAUAUCCGAAAACCCUUGGUAAAACCUUCCCAUAGCAGCCGUACGUCCCUACACCUGGGAUACCGUGUGAGCCACAGCAACAGUCUUUCCGCCCUUACUGGGAUCCUCCCCUGAGGAAUGUCAUUCUUUGACGCCACCCUGGGGAGAGGCUCUCCUCUCCUAAAACAUCGAACCGCCGAGUGAGCCCUGCCACAGUGGGAGCACUCAUGUUUUAACCAAAAACUGCUGUACCAUCUGCAAUGACUCUCGUUGAAGAGCCAACAGAUGCCCUUCUUGUGCCCCACCGACGUGCCGGCAGCCGAAGGAAAGGACGAUGUCGACGGACGACAGGGAGUCAUUAGAAGCAACCAAAGGUUGCCAUACUGCAUUCCAAAAUCCAGGUGCGGCCUCACCGUCAUCUUCUGCCCAAACUGCUGGUCAUACUUAAACUAGCACUGUCCCCCGUAAACCUUAUAAACCCCUCAAAUUAAAUCCAAAUACGUAAAAAAUGAUGGGGCCCACUCUGGAAACCUUGCCGACUUAAUGCUGACAUAGGUUGCAAAUUCUUGCAACCAAUUCCCGAAGGUAUGGGGGAGCUGCUUACCUUUUUCACUCUCCGUCGCGUCACAGUUUAUCCGCCAAUCACAUGGGACCAAAGAGAUGAGGUCCACAUACUCACCCUUAAGUAUUCUGUCCCUCACCUCCAAAGACACAUGCAACCCCAGGGGGGCGAUGUCACACCGGCCCCCCUGAAGUACCACCUCCUGUACCCAACAGAGGAGUCCACGCGGGAAGCGUAGCAUCCUUCGCAUCACCCCUUAUGCCAACAGUCCCCAUUGGCGCUAAGCGAUCUAACACUAAGCGCAGCGAUUGUACCACUUCCCUUUUGACUGCCCUUUUUUAGCCCCUAGACUCACUCUGCCCCUAACCAAGCGCGAGUGCACUCCAACUCACGGAUCUGGAGCAGGGGUCUGUCAAUCAGCUCCACAUCUGAUCCACCUGGCAGUAUUCGCACUACGGCCUGCCUGUCUGCUGCCUCUCAAAGGGCCCGGCGCUCACCCCCAUAGGAGCUCCAGAUCUUCUGGGGUGGAUAUUUUGAGGGGAAUCCUGCGUCCCUCCCUGCUCCCUGGCCAACCAUUCCGGCACCAGUGAGUUCCUGCGCUGGCCCACUUUCACCCGCUCGCCGAUGCCAUUUUCGGGUGGGUAGCAGUGUUCUGCUCCAGAAUCUCCGCUUCCAUCCUUACCCAGACUUCCAGGUUCGGCAGUGGCCUGUGACGUCUGCGCUCCCUGACGCACAGACUUCAUUUACGCGCCACCAGUGUUCCGGCGUGUGGCGCUCCGCCUCUUCUGGCAUGUGGCCGCACACCCUGACGUCACUUACGCUGCUUCAGGAAAAGAAGGAUGAGGACUGCGAGACCUCACCAGCGGCGCCAUCUUGGGACCCGCCAUCUUGACUCCUAGGCCCGAUCAGGCCAUUCGACGCCUGCCACUCCGAUCACUGCUCAUCCUCAUACCGGUGCCAGGAUUCCUCCCCAGGAGGCCAGCCUCACUCGGCCCCGGACUGUUCACAGAUGGUGGCGCAGCCCUGGAUCUCCGAACCGGACUGGGGGACAAUCUCGAUGGCGGCUUGGAACGGCGGGCCCGACAUCCCCUGGUUGGCACCGACCCCUCCUGAGAGUCCUGGGCAUCGUGGACACUGUGCAGCAGCGCUGCAUAGGACUCUGCACCGUGGGUCCUCUGGAACGUAAUAAGCAGGGCCUUUCUGGGCAUUUCAGGGGCUUGAGCCAUGAUUUUUUUUAAAUAGAAUUGCAUUUUUUUUCUUCACAGGACGACCAAAAACAGCACUGCCAGGUUCCCUCAGCAUGUUCUCCAGUGGUCUGGUAAGUCUUUUCCCAGUGUCCCCAGUCCACGUGCAUCUCCAACAUUGUAUCCCUUGUUGCCAUGCCAACCUCUCCAGGCAGCAGUCAUGCUCCCCCCUCCUUAUCCACUAUGGGGGUUGGCCUAUAGCUUCAGAUCCAUUUAUCUGAACAAUAAAAUCACUCAAAGUAUUAAUUAUAAAAUUUUAACACUUCUCAAAAUUCACAUUUAAUCCUUUAGGUGAUACAGUAUCUCAUUUCAUUCUUGCUCAGGCUGGAUGACAGGUUUCACCCUCUCCAAUAGUUUUGGAUUAAUUGUGUACCAUAAAAUGAGAGUUUACUAGCAUGUUUGUUAUGAGACCUUGUAAAAUGUAGGGAUACACUGUUUAUUUUACAGAGUCCAAACACGACCCACAUACACUGUAUGUGUAUACAAUAAGUUCUAAGCUCAGGGGUGUCUCUAAAAGGACAUCACACCUCACUACAUCAUAGCCAUUCUAUGUUCUCUCGCCUUGACUACUGCAAUCCCUUUCUUAGUGAUCUUACAUGUUUCCAGCUUACACCGUUGCAGUCUAUAAUGAAUGCACCAGCAAAGCUCUUCUUCCUAUCCGCCUGCACCUCCAAUGCCUCCCCCCCUCUGUCAGUCACUACACUUUCUGUAAGAUAUAGGGCUCAAUUUAAGAUUCUGGUGCUUGCUUACAAGUCUCGCGGCUCCAACCUACCUAUCCUCCCUAAAACACAAGAUUGUCCCCUCUAGGCUCCUGCGCUCUGCCAAAGGCCAAGUCUAUCCUCUGUCCAUCCCACCUCUGAUGCUCGCCUUUAAGACUUCUCCAAGGCUCCGCCGUUCCUGUGGAACUCCCUUCCCUUCUCCGUUAGACUUUCACCCAGUUUCCACUCCUUCAAAAAAUCAUUGAUAACUCACUUAAUCGGAAAAGCAUAUCAAUUAAACUGUUAGCACCUUUCCCUCCCCGCACCCUGAUUCUUCUCCUGCAACGGUCAAAAAUAACCUAAGUCCUCGCUAAAUACUUUUCUAGCAACCUACUUUUCUACCCCUACCCUUAUCCUUUGUGUCACUAUACCCCACUCCCUCUAGCAUGUAAGCUGAUGAGCAGGGCUCUCGACCCCCCUAUUCCUGUGCGUCCAACUUGUCUGGUUAUAAUUACAUGUCUGUUAGUCCACCCAUUGUACAGCACUACAGAACUUGUUGGUGCUUUAUAAAUAAUAAAAUAAUAAAGUCAAUAUGCUUUAAAUAGUGAUAUAGUCUCAUGAUUGGCUUUUUUGGCUAUUUGUGUUGAAAAACAGGGAUAUCUGAUGAGAUAGCCACUGAGUAUACAUAGGUUUGUAAGCAUAAAAAUGCUAUAUUUACAUGGAUUAUUCUUAAGUGUUCAAAUAUAAACUACAUAUUACCUUCACUUAUAUGUACUAAAAAAAACAUGAAAGUAUUCUAAAGAAGUAUAAUUUCUUCUCAUACUAUUCUCAAUUAGUGUUUCUCAAUAUCCAGUCCUCAAUUCACAGUACAGUGCUUGUUUUAUACAUGUCAUCAGUUCAGGUGGAUUACCAGGUAUUACUAAAUUACUGGUUUAUUAAGUCUUAAGUAACCUGUACACGUUACUAUUGUUGUUGUCGAGUCUGGACAUGACUCUUUUCAUGAACAUACAGCUAUAUUGACAAUACUGGAGAGUUGCAAAGGAACUCUACUGGAAUCCACUAAGCACACUAGAAUUGCUUAGUUUCUUAGAAUUCAUUUACUUCACAAUAUAUUAUCCAGCUGCUUUUUUUUUUUUUCUGGAAGGAGUUUAUUUUGCUUGCUUUUUGAGUUUCCUGUGAAUUGUUUAGCUAUAGGUAGAAUUAAGUUUAAAAAAAAAUAUAUAUUUUUUUAUAAUUCUUUAUUUUUGUUGUGCAACAUUUAGACAGUUGGGCGUGUUACGCCACAACAGCGAAUAAAGAUAUUUCAAGGAGCAUAACACUGUGACAUGUAAUAAAACAGCAAAUUUUUUAAGUAGCAAACUGGCUGAUACAAGUAAUGUCAGAUAAUGAGAGGGCGAUAAGAGUGGUUGGGACAAACUAUGUGGGCUGACAUUAGUAGUUCAAGAUAAGAAAAUAGUGUAACACUCUGAGCAGUAGUUAUUUCCGUAGCAAAGUGACCGCUGGGUACUAUUCUCGGUGGAGAUGCGAUAACAGAUUGUUAGAUAAAGAUAGAGCUAACUGCCCAUCACGUGCUGGGGUAUAUCUGCAGCAGCAGGAGGGAUGUUUUCUACAUAGGCUGGUUUGGUCUGGUUCUACAUAGGCUGGUUUGGCCUGGAGUAUAUGGGCGUGGGCCAAUACAUACGUAGUACAUAAUCGAAACAAGGCUUUUCAAUGGUGGAGUACAUCGUUAUAGCUAGUAGGCCAUAUCAUGUCAACGAAGGGAGGCAAAAUAGUCUAACUUAACACGCUAGAUAUGGUAUGAGAUGGCUAUAUGGCUGAUAUAGGGUGCCAGAUUGUUUUGACUGGUAUCAAACAAUAAAUAAUAAACAGAAAAGUAAAAGUUCCACCAAUUCAGGCACAUUGAGCAAUUAAAGGACCACUAUAGUGCCAGGAAAACAUACUCGUUUUCCUGGCACUAUAGUGCCCUGAGGGUGCCCCCACCCUCAGGGACCCCCUCCCGCCCGGCUCUGGAACGGGGAAAGGGGUUUAAACUUACCUUUUUCCAGCACUGGGCGGAGAGCUCUCCUCCUCCGUUCCGCCCCGUCGGCUGAAUGCGCACGCGCGGCAAGAGCUGCGCGCGCAUUCAGCCGGUCACAUAGGAAAGCAUUAUGAAAAUCACAGUGAGAAGCACGCAAGCGCCUCUAGUGGCUGUCAAUGAGACAGCCACUAGAGGAUUAGGGGGAAGGCUUAACCCAUUCAUAAACAUAGCAGUUUCUCUGAAACUGCUACGUUUAUUAAAAAAUGGGUUAACCCUAGAAGGACCUGGCACCCAGACCACUUCAUUAAGCUGAAGUGGUCUGGGUGCCUAGAGUGGUCCUUUAAGAUAAACUUUGCUUUAAGAGAACUGUGGCCUGUGCUUAAGUACGCUUGGCCAGUGCCCGUUAUUGGCUGGCAGAUACUAGAAGCGCUGCUUCAUACAGAUAUGUUGAAAGGCAGGUGUAGCUAGGAAAUGAAGAUAAAAAUAAAUGAAGAAAUAAAAGACAACCAGUCUAAACAAAGCAGUACUGUUAGUCCAACGUUGGGGUUAGCUGCAUCGUUGGUCUGUCCCAGCAGGUGCAGCUCACCUCACUGCCACGGUUUGGUCAUCAGCCUAUUCCCAUGCGUGGCAGACUCAUCACGCGGUCAGUUAGCCCCUUUUAUUUGCAGUGUCAAUAUGUUAGUGUAUGGCCCACUUCCCGCCCAGUGCUCGAGCAAGGGCUUUCUCCUUCACCCCGUGCACACAGGAGUUGUUAGGGAGUAGUAGUUUCUCAGAGGGAGCAUGUCGCGGGAACUUUGCUGCGUGUCACCGCUUACGAUUCGCGGUCUUCCGCCUAGAUAGGCGAGGUGGCAGGAUCAAGCUCUGGGUAAUUUGCGGUCCUCUUGGUCUCUUGUUAGGGGAGGCAGGGGUGUUGCGGUUUGCUGUGCCCAGUGGGUGAUUUGCCGACCCCAGUAUCUCACCUCCGCCGUCCGUUUUCAGUAGUUGGGGAGGGGCAGAAGCCAAUCGUUGUUCCAAUUGGGACCAAAUGUUUGCAAAUGUCGCCUCCAACCUUUGCAUGAAGUCACUGUGGAGGUCCAGCAGUGAUUUACCCUGCAUGGACGUGGCUUGUGCCGCCAUUAAACCUCUCUCCGCCAUCUUAGAGAGUGUGUUGAGCAGGUGUGAAGAUUUUGCAGCAGGAGUAGCCACUUGAGACAGUCCAGCGGGGAGCGGGAUAACCCCCACCGGUCCAGGAGAGAGGGUAAUGCAGUGUACGGAUCCCACCGAGCCUGCCCGAGAUCUCAGAGAGUGGCCGUUCUUGUGUAGGCCACAAAGCCUCGAGUCGGGCAAAUCGGUUGCGGAGUGGCUCAGAUGAGGUAUCAUUAAAUUCACUGUCGUCUCGUUAGCACAGAUAACGCUUAAUUGUGGUCCACUGAUUGAACUGGCCGGGGAUAUCAUCUCUUGCAACCCACUUCUGGUCAGCUUAACCAUCGGUCUCCGCCCUCCCCAAUUGAGUCAAAUUUUAUAUUUUCCAGUACCAUGUAAAAAAAAUGAAUAACAUACAUUUUAUGUGCUGGAUUAAAAAAAAAAAAAGAUUUUAUUUCUGCUUUAAACGAACACUCCGACAGUUUUUUCAGGAAAUGGGGUCAAAUAAAUGAGGGAUGAGUUCUUGAACUUGUCCCCAAAAAACAAAUUUAGCCAAAGGAUACAUGAGCAGCUUGAAGUCAAAGGUUAAAAAAACAGACCAACUGGUACAUUAGUAUAUGUUCUUACUUUUAUUUGGUUAUUUGUUUUUAAAAGUUGAUUGAGGUGGUUGUUUAUUAACCGCGCCAUAAAAUAAUACGUUUUUGUUUUUACAUUAAAAUAAACCAUUUUGUCUGCCUUGAUGCAGAAAUACUUGUUCUAUAAAUCUGAUAACUUUUAGCUGUUUAAUAGUUAACCACAAUCCUUGAACGAUGUGUUUGUCUGUUUUGUUUGCAUUUGAAAGAUAGAGAUUAUUUUCAUUACUCUUGCUCAGCAUGAGUUCAGCACACAAUAACAUAUACCUUUGUUUGUCAGUGUCAUUUAAAAAAACACUGUUGUGAGAAAAAAAUAUUUGGGUUGUGCAUUAUGAAAGGGCUAACCUCGAUUAAUUUCAGUUACUAAAAUAAGAAUUGCCAGAAUUUAAAAAUAAAUUAAAAUUUUGAAUGAAUUUAAUUUUUAUUUAUUUUUUUAAUAUCUGUAUAUGUAUUUUCAGGAGUUGUCCUACUUUAACAAAUUUCACUUAUUAGAAACUGAAUAAAAUGCACAGUAUACCACAGCCUGGUAAAGUCCACAGAAACCAUAUUAAUUGAAAUAUUAGUGGAUGUUCUAUACGCUUACUUUUAAUUCUAUUCCUGACAUUAUUUGUUGACAGUAAUUGUUGUUGGCACCUGCAGAAACUGAGGGGAUUAAGUGUAACUAUAGUGCAAAACAUUGUGAGUUUCUUCAUGUUGGAGCACGUUGGGAAAUAACAUCCUCCAUACAUUAAUUAAGACCGCCGAUGGACAGAAUGAUCUACUAUAUACUAAUCUAGCAUCACUGCAGCCUUUCAUCUUAUCUCGAAAUCGGUCAGAUCAGAUGUCUCUGAUGGCUGCAUGACAAAUACACAGACACAGGGAGAGUAUCUGCACCUCUGUACCAAUCACCCCCAAACACAAAAAACAAACCUAAACAAUAACUGUGAGUUAUUCAGAACCUUCCAAUCAAUAGUCACAAUAUAUAAGUAAUAAAUGUACUUCAGGUUGUCAAAAAGUAAUAAAUUCCUCAAUUAGUCCGGAUCCUCUGCAGGGCUGCAGGUUGUGUUUCAGAAGCCAUCCGACCACAUACGCAGUGAUAGCCCUCUUGACAUGUUUCCACCAUGGAGGCUGUGUACUAAUUGCUGCCUUUAUGAGGAUUGUAACCCAUUUUCUCUUCGACAUGCCUUGAUUUCAUUUUUAUAAAUAGAAGUGAAUAAUGCCCUUGCGACAAGCUUCCAGUGUUAGUGCUGAAUUGAUACAAAUCAGAAAGUUCAGCGUGAAUGGAAACGAGACUUAAUUUCACGACAUUCCUGAUUAGAUUCUUCAUAUGGCCCGGCCGUUCUGGUCAGUCAAUAAUUGCAAAGAGUCAGCAUUCACGGCUCGGAUACCUUGCGGCAUGUAAUGGUUCUCAUUAGAGGAAGUACUUUCUUUGUUACAAUCUUCCUUCUGCGUGACAGUCUGUCCUGAACUCUCAAAAUGAACGCAGUGAAAAACUUUGUUUGCUGUGUGAUCGAUCCGAUCAUAUAAGGCUGAGCAACAGUGGCACCCCAGCACAGCUGGUGACAUAUGUAACCAGAAUCCAAGUCGUAAUUCUUGGUGUCUCCAUUCAGCAAGGCAUUCCAACAUCAGCUGGAUCCCUCGAUCAUGCUGGCACAUUCGGAGAUGGUAGCAACAUUGUCUGUAGGGACCAAUAAGCCUUUCUACAGUGUAAAUGGCUGGUUGGUGAACAUGCAUUAAAACAACAAGAAAUGGAAAACCUUAUGUUAUGUGUCCCAUGAUUCGAACAUACCUGCAGACACAAGCUGGGAAAUAUAGCUUCUACCAGGACCGUCACAGGAACUGUGAGUGAUCAACGACACGGAUCAAUUCCAGUUCAUCCAUGGAUACCUCAAUAUAGUACGAAUAAAAUGUCACACUUUGAUGGCAUCAAGAUGGAGUCUGGGGAAAGCAGUUUCAACACCUUCAGGAGCUGUGUGAGACUCAUUAGAGGUGGGCGAACAGCUACCAUUAUUUCAGUAUGAUUCUUCUUGGGAUUGUGUUUGCUCCACUGCAUUAGAGCCUGGAAAACGAGCGCACCCUUUAACAAUGACAGGAAGCCCUCACUGGUGAUGACAUCCUGUGCAUUACGAUCCAUAAACAUACAGCAGGUGCUGGUCAGUUUGGAUAGCAAGUGCAGGUUGGCCACAUAAUAGAUUAUGCACACUUUCUGAAUCUUGAGAAUCAUCCAAAGGUGUUCCGACGUGGAGUCCUUGAGCUCCGGGAAGCCAUAUCUAUGAGCUAAGCGGAGAAAUUCCAGGAUGACAUCCUCCCGUUCAUCUGGAAGAGUGGUUUGCAAUGUGUAGAUUUAUGUUAUUAGCAUGGUGAAGGACUCUGAACUAGUGUCCUGCAGGACGAUUUCUGCCUCAGGCUGAUAUUCCCGCAUUCCUCUAUAUAACAAUGCUCUGAAAUACUGACCCCUGGCGACCAGGAUUACUCUGUGAGCUGGAAACUUCUUAUUUUCCAAAAUAAAGGUAACAUCACUGUAUUCUUCACCAUUUAUCAGCAUGUCAACAUUCUCCGAUAGUAGGUGCAUAUGGUAAAUUUCUCAGAUGGUUGUGUAUGGCCGCAGAGGGUGGCUGUUACUCAUCCUGGCAGCAUGCAGCGAAUUGCAGGUCAGCCCACAGAGACAGCUCCUUCCUGCCCGGGUGACAAGCUCUCCACCCCCCCAGGUUGGCUCUCCUGAAGUAACAAGAGGGCAGAGAGCGGCAACCAUGUCUACUACUGGCAUGCCAUCAUAACCUGCCCUUAUAUCACAUUACUAAGAGGAGAGUUGAUGGGUAAUACAGAGGGAAUUUUAGCUUAUAGACCACAACAGCCAAAUUGGGGGGGCAGGAGGAUGUCUGUCAGCUAUGCCUAUUUCAUUUAUGCCUUCACUUGGAAUUCCUAACAAGUCACUUUUUAGUGAACAAUCCUGUGUGUGUUUGUUUGUGACAAAAGCUUGUCUACUAUGUGAUUAUUGCUUGCAGCACAAUGCAUUUCUAAGGGGAUACUGCUGAUUAGAUACAGGCUUCCUGUUGUUAACUGAUAGUUUAGUUCAAAGAGUUUCUGUGUGACCUUACAUGUACUUUCGUCCAGAUCAGUUAGAACCUUGUUUGUUAAAUGAGAGCUCAGGGAUGUUCCCAAAAACUAGGCAUGUGCAUGGGGAAAAUAUUCAGCUCGGUUCGGCAUUCCGAAAUUCGUGACUUCAUCAAUUCGCACUUCGGAACUUUGGCAACUUCAGAACUUAGACACUUCGGAACUCCGGCAUUUUGGGACUUCUCUUGCAGCCGCUUGGUAAAUAACGCCCUAAUUCCCAUGGUAUUAGGGAGUUAUCUACCAAAAGGCUGAAAGACCUAAAUUGGUUAUGGAUUUUUAUUUGGCCUUUUUUGGGGCUGAAAAAGAAGAUUUUAGAAGAAAGAAAACACCAAAUGGUAAGUUUUUUAAAAAAUUUUUACAGGUACUUAGUUAAAGGUCCCCCCUCUUUAUUUUUAGGGUGAGGGGGGGUAGGUAGGGGUUCAUUUUUGCGGGGAGGGUUAAAUUUGUAUUUAGGGCCCCCCACCCACCGCUCAGGGGUAGGGGCCAGGGGGGAGGACAUUAGAUUCCCCCCCCAUUCUAGUUUAGGGCCCCCACCCACCGCUCAGGAGGGAGGACAUUCGGUCCCCCCCAUUUGUAUUUAGGGCCCCCACCCACCGCUCAGGGGGGGAGGACAUUAGGUCCCCCCCUUAUUCUUGUUUAGGGCCUCCACCCACCGCUCAGGCGUGGGGGCCAGGGGGGAGGACAUUAGGUUCCCCCUCCCCCAAUUUUUAUUUAGGGCCCCCACCCACCGCUCAGGGGUGGGGGCCAGUAGGGAGACAAUAGGCAAUUUUGCACCGGGGGCUAGUUACACCCCCAGCAUACAUGACUAGGCAGCCUGGAAAUUUGUUCAGGGCUGUCUAAUGUAAGCUCUGUGCAUAUUUUCUGUCUGUUGUCAGCAUGCACUUCACACUGAUGAUAGACAUAACUGCUUCUCCGCAAGGGUAAGCUCUCUAUCCUCUCCCUCCCACAGUAAAAGCAGCUCCUCCUGCCCCUCUAUCCCUUCUGCAUAUAUAUUUUUCUACCCAGCUUCCACGCAUGCGCUCUGAGCCUGAUGGAUCAUCCAAUCAAAGGCUUCCCUAUAAGAAGCCUUUGAUUGGACCUCUGCACAACUAUCGUGACUUUAGACCGAUACAGGUAAGUAAAACGUCUUUUAAAACGCUCUUUGAGCAUUCAUAUUGGGUGGGACCUAAAGAUUAUUGACAAUAGGGCAUUAUUCUAAUUAAUACAAAAAAGGCUUGGAAAAAAACCUUUAAUAUGCGAAUCACUAAAUAUUUCAAGAGCUUUACCUUUAUUCAGCUAUCACACUUGGGUGUGUCACAAAAUAUCAGAAGAUCUGCCAAAACAACACUGAGUCCAGUUGUGUAAAUAUUAGCAGAACUGUCCAAACAGAAAUAUGUUAAUACUGUCCAAGUGGAAGCUGUUACUACAUUUCCACAAAGCUUCAAGGAUAGAUAUGAUGUGUAACAGCUUGGCAUGUUUUUCUUUUCAUUUAUUGUAUGUGUAGUUCACUGCUAAAAUACAAUCAGAAACAUGUAUGCAACAUGUGCGUCUGAGCCACAGUGUUGUAAUAUAAUAGUCAAAAUAAGAGUAAGCAAGCAAUGAUAUUUAAAGAGACCCUGUAGUCACCAGAACAACUACAGCUUAAUGUAAGAGAAAAUGCAGUGUUUACAUUGCCCCUACGGACACUUACUAUGGCCACUCAUCAGAUGGCCACUGGAGAUGCUUCCUGGGGCAGUGCUGCACAGUGCAGCACUGUCGUUCAGCAUAUCCACACUCUGCAAGCGACGUAAAUUGUGUUUUUAACACUAUAGGGUCAGGAAAACCGUUUGUGAAAAAGUCAACUUAUUUUUUAUUUUCUUUAUUUUUUUUUGUGAAAAUUUUAUUGGAAAUUCGCAUAGAUACAUCAAUUGUCAGUGGUAUUCAAGGUAUAGUAUAAGAAACAACAAGAUACAGUGAUGUUAAGGCAUGACAAUGGCAGUAUGGAAUGUACAACGGUUGUUAUCGGGUCGUCUGACCUUGCAUCAUGAUGAUACGUCAUAGUUAGCUUGAGUGUGCAUUGUACCCAGUUUAACUUAUUGCAGAGAGUGGCGAUAUCCUUAUAGUGUCAUGAGUGCACCUGACGGUUUUACCUGUGGUGGCGGGUAUGCAGCCUAGGGAUAGGCUCGGAUUGGUUUUAUUUUUGUCGUUGUUCCCCGGACUCUAAUUGGUAACUCUAAUUAAGGCUAAGUUGCUUUCUCAGCAUGAGUAUCAGACGAGCAGGAUUACAUCUGGUGAUCCAAUAAAGGAAAACCGGGUUUCCAUAACGGGGAGCUUGUCUGACUCUAGGGUGCACGGUGACCAUGUGUGGUGCUGAGAUAGUCGCACCAUGGUUUCCAUGUGGUUGUGUAUGUGGAGUAUUUGUCUGUGAGGGAGAGGCAUGUCUCCUCUAGACCCCUAAUAGUGUCGACUUUUUGUAUCCAUUCUCGGAUGGAUGGUGGAUGUGGGUGCUUCCAUAGUGCUGGAAUAAGUUGGUUCGCUGCAGAGAUCAGAUGUGUCAGUAGGCCUGCUGUCGAUUUUGGUAUGUUUCGGGGGGUGAUCAGGAAUAGAAAAAGUUCCGGGGUAAAGGGGACAUGGGUAGAUAGAAUCGACUGUAUCGUCCCGUGUAUGCGCUUCCAGUAGUGUUGAAUCACCGGACAAGACCACAAGAUGUGGGCGGUGUUGCCUUCGGGUGCAUGACACCUCCAAUAUUGGUGUGGGUGUGUUGGAAAUAGGGAUCGUAAUUUUGUCGGGGUGUAGUGCCAUCUCACUACCCUUUUGUAGUUACUCUCCUGGAUUGUGGUGUUUCUAGAGGACCUAUGGAUAUGUGUGAAUAUGGUGCGCCACAUUUCUGGUGUGAAAGAUGUGUUUAGUUCCUUUUCCCAGGACGAGGUAAAGGCCGGUGGAUGGUGAGGCAUUGUUUUAGUGAUCUUUGUGUACAUCUCUGAGAUGACUUUCUUCUUUAGGGUAUGUUCUUUGCAAAGUGUCUCUAAUUGAGUGUGAGGACGGACAGGAUUAUGUGCCAGUGGCCCUGUGAGUAGGAAGUGUGAGAGUUGUUUGCAUUGGAACGUUUGCAGUGCAGUGUGACCCUCUGUUGUAGUCUGCAAUGGUUUCACCUGAGUUCCCGUGUCGUCCACAACCUCGGCGAGGCGUAGGUAGUGUGAGUCAUGGUACUGCUUGAAUGCCCUCCCAUUCUCUCCCGGUUGAAAGAGAGGGUUGUGUGUUAUUGGAUAUAACGGGGAAGGGUAAGGUGACAUUGUCUGGUGAGUCCUUAUCUUGGCCCACAUUCGUAAGGUUGGUGAGAUUGUGGGAUGUGGGGAGUGCAAUAAAAAUGGCAGUCCUGAUUUGUGCCAUGGUAUUGUGAAGAUGGGAGUCCUGAAGAAGGUAUUUUCUAUGUGUAUCCAUUGUGCUGUAGGGUGUGGGUGCGUCCAGUCAUACAGUCUGGUCAGAAGGACUGCUUGGUGAUAUCUCUCUAGGUCUGGGAGGCCUAGUCCCCCUUCGUCCUUUGGUCGUGUGAGGAGUGAGUAGGCAAGCCUUGGGUUCUUGUGUGCCCAGAUGUAAGUCGUAAGGGUUUUCCGGACCGUUGUGAACCAUGACUUAGGUAGAGUAAUUGGUAAUACUUGCAUAACAUAUAGGAGUCGUGGCAAAACAUUCAUUUUGAGAAUGUUCAGCCUGCAGAACCAUCCAAAAUGAGGUUUGUUCCAGGUGUUGAGAUCUGAUUGUAUGUUUUUCAUCAAACUAGGGAAAUUACUCUCAAAUAGGUGGGAUGCCUCUUUGGUUAAGUGAAUACCUAGGUAUUUUAUCGUGCGGGUCGCCCAAACAAAUGGGUGUGUUCGUUGUAUAAUGUCUGCGUCGAGAGGGGAAAUGUUAAGCGGCAGUAUCUCGCAUUUGCUGAGGUUGGCUUUGAAAUUGGAAAUUUUGCUAAAAGAUUCAAUUUCUGCCAUUAGGUGAGGUAUUGACGACACUGGAUCCGAGAUUGUGAAUAGCAUGUCAUCUGCAAACGCUGCUAUCUUAUGUUCCGUUGUGCCCGUUGUGAUGCCUUUAAUCGAGGUUUCGUCUCUAAUACCCUGGAGGAAGGGCUCCAGCGCCAGGACAAAUAGGAGAGGCGACAGGGGACAUCCCUGUCUGGUGCCGUUCCUUAUUGCCACUGGCUCUGACAAUUGGCCAUUGACCCUAAUGUGCGCUGUGGGGUGUGAGUAUAUUGCAUUGAACCAUUUGAGCCAAUUUGGGCCGAACCCCAUGUAUUGUAAAGUGUGUGAUAGCAUCGUCCAAUCUACCCUGUCAAACGCCUUUUCGGCAUCAAUGGACAGGAGCAAACUGGGGCAUCCAUCUCUCGUUGCUUUGUGUAUGAGGUUUAGCAGUUUUGUGGUGUUGUGUUUGGCUUCCCUGCCAGGGAUGAAACCUGACUGGUCUCCAUGUAUCAGUCCUGGUAACAGCGGUCUGAGUCUGUUGGCCAGGAUUUUUGUGAAUAAUUUUAAGUCGAUAUUUAUCAAGGAGAUCGGUCUGUAACUGCCGCAUUGAGUUAAAUCUUUCCCUGGUUUAGGAAGUAGCGUAAUCGUUGCGUUCAAGGCCUGUGGGGGGAGAGUGUCUGUUUUGAGUAGAGCAUUGAACGUGUUUUGGAAGUGGGGUAUGAGCAAAGGAGCAAAAGUCUUGUUUCUGUAGUGCAUGGGCCAGCAAGCGCCCGCAUUUGCCCCCGUGUGUGUAGUAAGUGCAUCUUGUCUUGGCUAGGGAGCGUUUGGUAUUGAUGUCGAGAAUUGUAUUUAACUCGGUCCUUUUUUCGAUUAGUGUCUUAAAUGUGGUGAGGUUGAGACCGUUUUUAUGUAUUCCCUCUAGGCGCCUAAUCUCUCUAGUGAGACUAAGUGUGCGAGAUUCCCUCGAUUUUUUGAGUCUAGAGGCUGCCUGGAUGAACGUACCUCUUAUUGUGCUCUUAUGUGCUUCCCAAAUGAUGGGGUAGGUGGAUACUGGGUGUGUGUUGAGCUCGAAAUACUGUUCCAGGGAGGAUUCGGCCUGGUUCCGGAUAGUGGUAUGGUUAAGUAGGGUGUCAUUCAGUUUCCACUGUGUCCGAGUGGGAUGUAGGGAGGGAAUCUGAAGUGAGAGGGAGAUUGGUGCGUGAUCAGACCACGUGAUUGUGUCGUAUGUGCAGGAGCGGACUAAGUUGAGAAAUCUGUGUGGGAGAAGAAAUAAGUCAAUUCUCGAAUACGAGCCCGAGGAAAAUGAGUAAUAGGAAUAGUCCCGCUCAGCGGGGUGUAGGACGCGCCAACAGUCAUAGAGCUGAUGCGAGUCCAAAAGUUUCUGGACUUGCACCCGUGUUGAGACUUGGUAUGUGGAGGCUUGUGAGGUUGUGUCUAAUGCUCCAUCUAGGGAGAUGUUGAAGUCGCCUCCUAAAAUCAACAUGCCUUCAGUAAAUUGUAUCAGCUGCCUGAUUAUCUUACGUAGGGCUUGGAAUUGUUUCCUAUUAGGAAGAUAUAUGUUGGCUAGGGUUAUUGGGGUUGUGCCCAUCAGGCCCUUCAGAAAGAUAUAUCUCCCAUUGUCGUCAGAUGUGUGUUCUUUGUAUGUGAAUGGUAGAUGCGGGGAAAGGAGAAUCGCCACUCCCCGUGACUUCGAGCCUACAUAAUUGCUAAAGUAUCCCUUUGUGUAGUGUCUGGAUUUUAGUGAAGGUGCUGAGUCUUUACGGAAGUGUGUCUCUUGUAUGAACACCACUUCCGCUUUUGAUUUAUGGUAGUCUGUGAGAGCCAUGUGGCGCUUUUCGGGGGUAUUCAGACCCCUAGCAUUGUGUGAGAGUAUGGAAAUUGUUGCCAUGGCUGGAGAUUUGGGGGAGGGUAGUGUGUAAAAGGUUACUAUGGUCAUGUGGGGUGUGUGUUUGUAGUCUAUAUCUAUAGAUGUUGCGUGAUGCGUACCCUGUAUGUAUUCGACAGGCCAGGUAUAAAUUCUUACACCAAAAGGUGUUACAAUACUACACAAUGUCAAUGCGAUAUACAAAUUUUAACAAAACAAGACAAAAUAAAACUAUAUACAAUAGAUUGUGACGUUAAGUUACCGGUGUUGCUCUUUGGCAACUAUAGGAGUAUAAAUACCUAGGGUCUGCCCCUGAGAAGUCCCGUAGUCUACAGUAGGCAAGGUUGAGAUGACCCUGAUGUAAGUGGGGGGGGGGGUGAGACUAGGAGCUUGUACACUUUUUUUUUUUAAUUAAGUAUGAUGCAGUGGGCUCCUGGGGCGCUUGGAGCUGAACCGCAUCUUGGUUUAUUAUUGCUUCGUGGAGGUAAGUGUCUUAUAAGGCAAUGGGGUAGCGUGUGGGUGAGGUCGGCUGACUUUUUUUUCUUUUUUUUUUUUAUGGGGGAAGGAGGUAUGAGUCGCCCCAGUGGGUCCUAAUACCUUUCCCUCCUUUGGGUAUCCCUUUAUGUCAGGUGUCGGUCUAGUAUCCCCUUCUCUGGACGGUAACGUGUACCGAUUUUUAGUAUGUCUGGGCUGUGCCGUCUUCUCUGGCCAGUCUUGUCCAUGUCUGUCAGUCCCUUUGUCUCCCUAGCGCAAAGCGUUGCAUAUGUGUACCCCUUGGGCGGGAGAUACUUGUUAACCCCAUAGUCAUAUCUAAGCGGGUCACCCCUAUAGUAGUAGUGUAUGUCAAUUUCACAAUUACAGAAGGCAAACAUAGGUCAAAACAUAAGCAUGUAUACGACCUGAGGUUUCAGCGUCGGCCAUAGUGGCCUCUCUUGUGGCAUUCGUGAUUAAUCCCUUUCGGGACCAUGUUGUUGGGGUAAGUCCAAGUCUUGUGGGUGGGCUCUAUCUGGGAGUAGAGGCCAGCGUCUUUAUUUAGAAAAUCGGACGUGCAGAGAAGGGUAUCUUGGGGUUGUUAUUAGAGAGUGUCAGUAGAGGCGAUUUAGUGUCCAGCAGCUGUGGUCUGUCCUCCUUCUUCUAAGUGUUGAGAAAGUCCAGCCUGGGUCAGCCGUUGUCUCUUGGCUGGGGAUCUCCAUCGUGGUCUUUGCUGUUGAGAUGGUGCUGUUAACGCCGGAUCAGGAGCAUACCAAUCCAGGAUGGAUGUUUCUGCUAGGUUUAAUGCUUCGGUGAAUGGCACGAUGUCCUGGUGUGUAGAGAUCGUAUAUGUGGUUCCGCGGGUGUUUACGAUGAGGGCAAAAGGAAAACCCCAUCUGUAUCGUAUGUUGCGCGAACGUAGCUGAUCGGUGAUUGGCCUUAGGGCUCGUCUUGCUUGCAGCGUGUGCCAAGAUAGAUCUUGAUAGAUCUGUAUUUCGUGUCCUUGAAAUAACAAGGGGCCUGAGGUGUCCCUGAGAUGUUUCAAAAUAUCUGCCUUAAGAGCGUAGUAGUGGAUGCGGCAGAUAAUAUCUCUUGGGGCAUCGCCGACCGCUGCUUUGGGGCGUAGGGAACGGUGUGCUCUGUCCAGGAUGACCGGCGAUUCUGGCUUGCGCUUAAGUAUAAGAUUGAAAAGCGAGGCCAGGACGUUAUAUAGGUUUUCCCCUUCUGCUUCUGGUAUUCCCUUUAUACGUAAAUUAUUUCUCCUGCCCCUAUUGUCGAUAUCGUCUAGAGAGCGUUGCAUCAUAGAUAAAUGCCUUUCUUGGACUUGGACUUUAGCUGAUAGGGAAUGCAUUAAUGUGUGGUGAGAACCCCUUUCAUCCUCCAGGUCCUGAACUCUUCGGCCUACCUGAGUUAUUUCUGAAUUGAGGCUUUCCAUCUUCUGUUGAAAGGUAGUUUCUAACUUUCCCAGCAUCUGAGCUAGGUCAGCUCUGGAGGGCAAAUUUCGUAAUAUGCCUUUAAUAUCUGCUUCCAUCGACACCUGUGAUGUGUCUGACGCUGUGGGGCUCGGAGGAUCUGAGUCGGCGGUUACUGCCGCCGGCGCCAUGUUGGAUUCCCCGGGGUCCGCCGUGCGGUCGGAAUAAUCUCUAAAUAAGCGGGCCACAGUGCCCGAUUUCCCGGCUGGGGUCUUCCCGGAGUGCUGGGGAGCAGGGUGAGCCUUUUUGUGAUUGCCCAUCGUGGAUUUGUUACCUCCGUUUUUGGCGGUUCUGUCCGUGCUGCUCAGGAGCUGAGCUAGUGUGCUUCCAUGUAGCUCGGCUGUCGGCCACGCCCCCCGAAAAAAUCAACUUAUAUGAAAUCACUCCAUAUACAUUAAAUACACAAUAAACAAAGUUACAUGAGGUAUUCAUUGUAAAAUAUAGAGCUUUACUCACCCCUCCUCCAUCUCAGUGCCGCCAUCUUAAAGCUUUGUGGGUGUUAUUCUUCAUGUAACACCCACCUCCAGGACGUCCUCUGAUCCAGCUACGUUCUUCUUUAAAUUGCCCUGCUUGGGUAUGAUAUCCACAAUGACUUUAGCAGGCUGGCUUCGUUGAAAGCAUGUCGGCAUCAGAACGGAGUGAUGCUAGAAGCGCCGGAUAGAAAUUAUAUAAUUAUAUAAAUAAACAGAAAUUAGUCAACUAGUGUAUAAAGUCUCAGCUAUCAGGUUCAGUAAGAAUGUUUUGUGUUUACAGAAGGGACAAUAUUAGUACCAUUUGAAAUAUAUCAGCGAAUAACAGAGGAUGAGGCAAACUUUGUGUUUUAAGCAAUGAAGGAACCUAUGACAGCCAAUGCUUUUAUAACAGUCCAGUCUUAUCCUAUUACAAAAUGGAAAAUAAAAAAAAUAUUAUUAGAUUGCCUCACAAUCUAGUCCAGGUUUCUAAAUUCUUGCAUUAGGGCCACAAUUUGGUCUCCAUGUAGUUUUAGUGAGCUUCAUAUCAUAUAUUUUGUGUCCCAGACAGUCAAUUUACCAACUUACCAAUUGUAAAUAAAUUAUAAAUGUAUUAUAGCUGCGUCCUGUUCCCCAAUGUGAUGAUGACUUCAUUAGACAUUGAGAAUAGAUUUAUGUUGGUAUUUUGUGUAUCUCCUAUUUAGUAUACUUAAUAUCACUGUGACAAGAGAGUUUGCCACGAGUUCCUAGAGGAGCCUGCUUGCCAGCCUUCUGCCCACAGACUAUGGACCUUAAUAAAUGUGAUAUAAAAGUCUCCAUUCGUGCAAUUGGGAUUAUAUGGUUUAGUUACCGAACAACCGCACGAACCAGAGACCACCCUGGAGCUUGUUGACACCUAUUAACAGCUUGGAAUGUUUCUCACUGCAGUGUUCUAAUUGUUCGUCUGGGUGGCCGCAAUGCCUAUGGCCAACCACGAGGUGGCGGCCAUCUUGUGCGCAUGAACGCAGGCGGUGGUGUUUGGGCAUGAAUCUCAUGGAACUAAAAUCGGACACAGAAACUCCCGAACACCGCUAGACUUCCAUCAUCGCCUGCGUUCAGUUCUAUACAACUUAGAAGGGCACUGUUCGGUGAAAUCAUUCGUCUGGAUGAGGGGAACAAGUUCCAGGGCAAGACUAUUGACUCUGUUCUGUAGUUUGUUCAUUUUCAGGACCAUGCCUGAGGUCAGUCAAAUAAAUGACUUGCAGGAAACUAUCAGGGGAUGCAACUGUUAUGGGGUUUCAUGUAUUUUUAGGGUACUUUUGGGGUGUUUUGGAAAAAGUAUGUGUUUUCUGUGCUUGGAGAUAAUUGGAUUAGAUUAGUACAGUUCCUGAUCCAAUUAUCUCCCAGGCACAGAGGAGGGAUUAUCAGAUUUUGUAUGGGAGUGUCCUAGACCUGAGACCCAAUGUAAUUGUGUAUUUAUUUUUUUACUGUGGUUUACUGUCAGGUCCAGGGGGGAGUGCCCCUUGCAUGGGCACAUGCAUAUAAGGCCAGUUGUGGCUGCCAUUAAAGCGUUCCAGCUUGCACUCCAAAAAUGUGUGUGAUCCUGUUAUUGAAGGGAAGGAAGAUUUAAUCCCUGUAUCUGCUGUUCCUGCUUGCAGUGGAUUCAAUGGGGAAAGUCUUUGUAAGGACUGAGUGUCGUUCAGUGCCUAGGGGUGUCUAGAGUGAAUUCCCCAUUUGGCUCCAGGAAGAGCGGUUCCAGGGCCCCAGUCAAGCCAUGGCGAAUGUGGGCAGAAGUCCUGCGGUUUGUCCCCUGUUCCAGCUAGGGAGCGGUCCUUGGCGGAGGUGCCCAGCCAGGGGUGCAGGGAGCUCUGUUACAGUCACAAUGAGGGGGAGUGGGCCACUACAUUGUUUGUACUGUUAAAGAAUAGGUUGCUAAGGGAUUGCGUUGUAUUGAAUGGGUCCCUGUAAAAAACAGUAAAGAACCACUGAUCCAAUCGCUAAACACCAUUCUCUGUGUGUCUACCUGUGGUGAAUUAAACAGUAUGCCAAUCUCCAGGAUCCAAGCCACACAAACAUAUUUCCUUUCUUUUAUAACAUGCGUUGUCUUGCAACAUUGAGGGGACAACUGCUGGGAGGUUAGGAAACAUUUAGUCCCUCCUUUGUGUCCUUUCAAUUGAUAGAAAGUCUGUAGCCUCAGACAGUUACAAUCUGCUUGUUAACAUUCCUUCAAGCUUUGCAUGGUCUUAGAAUAGAAUGCAGCGAAGUAGGAUAUCAUGCCUAUUAAUUAGAACUAGAGAGUAUGCUGUAUUUGUGUAAGGUAUAAUAAUAAUACCCUACUGUUUGCUAUCUUGUACCGUAAUACAAUAUUCUGCCUCAAUCUCAUUAAGUCAGCGGAAAUCACAAUUUAUUUUUUUUUUUUUAAAGGACAAUAGUGACACAAUAACUGUUAGUGUGGUAUGCCUACUGGUAUCAGCCUAUCCUUUUAUUGUUUUGCAAUAGUUUGUGUUAUUGAUAUAUUAGGAUGUCUCCUUUGCUCCUGCUCACAUCACAUGCUCACUUUAUUGCGCAGGACAUAUGAUUUAACACUUUCGGUACCAGGGGCGUGAGGAAUAGUUUACCCACCCUUAGGUACCUAAAGCAUUCUAACAGGGGCACUCAUUUUAAAAUCCAAAUGUUUAGCGUAUGUGUUGAUCGUAUUUUUAUAAAGUAGAAUUUGUUCAGUUAUCAUUGCACAUUGCAGCUCAGAGAUUUUUCUUGUCUGUGAAAUGUAUCAGUGAUAAACCAAUAUUACCCAUAUUCCAAUAAUACCCCAAAUUGUGUGAUUGACAUGUUCACAGUCACAGUGGUAAAAAUUGUGUCUAUGCAUUGUGCUGGUAAAAGUUAUCUUCCUUCACAUAGAAAAUGUACUCCUGGAUCACAAGUGCAGGCACCCCUCUUUCAAGCGAUUUAAAGGGGGGGGGCUUUCUGAACGCCCCACUCAGGGUAGCCUGUGAUGAGAGCAUUGAUGAAGCUGUCUGAGCAUGAAAUGAUUGCAGUGCUAGCACAUAGCCAGAGGCAGGACACCAGGGAGCAAACCAAGGACAGCAGAACAGCACCACAAGUUCAGGACAACGCAUGGGUGUUGAAGAGUGUAGACCUCUACUCCCUGCUGAUCAUCCUCUGUUAGUGAUGAAUAUUUAUCUGGAAAUCUAUUCAUAAACAGAGCUAUACAUAGGACACGAGUUCACACAUUUAGGCUGGAAGAAAGGAGAUUUCAUCUAAGGCAAAGAAAAGGUUUUUUUUACAGUAAGAACAAUAAGGAUAUGGAAUUCUCUGCCUGAAGAGGUGGUUUUGUCAGAGUCCAUACAGAUGUUUAAACUGAAAUUGGAUCAAUACUUACAAAAACAUAACAUACAGGGAUAUAUAUAUAUAUAUAAUUUCUAAUAAGUGGGGUAAUAGCUGUUUGAUCCAAGGAGACAUCUGACUGCUAUUUUGGGGUCAAGAAGGAAUUUUUUCCUAGUUUGUGGCAAAAUUGGAAGCGCUUCAGACCAGGUUUUUUGCCUUCUUUUGGAUCAACAGCAACAACAUUUGUGAGGAAGGCUGAACUUGAUGGACGCAAGUCUCUUUUCAGCUAUGUAACUAUGUAAUAUUGGGAGAUGCCCCAUUCUGCACAUUAUUUAAUCUGGGACUGGACUGUUUCUGUGUGUUGUGAUAGCAGAGACAACUUGCAGCAUUUUUUUGCAUUCAGCCACGUAAGUCACAUCUCUGGGAAGAUGUGUUAUGGUGUUACAUCCUCCAAGCUCUGAUGCCACAUAGAAGAACAAGAGCAAGGCAGUCCACGAUCUUUUCAUGCAACAGGGUUUCUGGAUCAGCUGGGGUUAACUGCAGAAGCACUCCUCCAUGGGACAGCAAGCAAGGAAUAAUUGCCAACUCAACCACUAGCAUUUUAGGGUUGCUACUUCUGUGGAUUAAAUAGCAGGGGGUACAUUGAGAUGUUGUUGAUGGAGUACAGCAGAAAAAAAGACAGCAGGCAGGAAUUGUCUUUGUUAACCCCUUCUUGCCAGGAAUUGAGUACAUACAAAGCCCAGGGUAUGCACGCUCUACCUGGAAUGGUGUAUACACCAUUUUAACUUUUGCAAAUAAAAUUUGUUUGUUUGCAAUUGCUGCCCAGAUGUUAGAACUGGCGUUAUCAUUAUAGGGCAUGUUAUGACCCCCUGCUGCUGCACGGGCUGGUGGUGAGAUAUAUAGAUUUCCAUGCUCAGCCCUGCGCAUGCCUGCACAUCUGGCUGACUGUAGAGCAUUGUAGAUGCUCUCUCCUGGUUAGAGAACAGAUUGAAGCAUUCAGAGGGGUCUGCACCCAACUGGAGGUGCAGACCUGUUUCAGAGCCCUCUGGCCAACCUGGGAUCCAAAUGCACUUUAGGAGAAUCAAGAAUAGAGACCCCUUCAGAUUGAGUAUGUGUGUGCAUAUAUCAGAGUGUAUUUAUUUGUGCAUAUGUCAGUGUUCUGUGUGUGUCCAAAAAGAAAACAUGGCUGCAAUAUGAGGGCUAUAUGGUAUGGACCAUGUCAUGGUACUAUGGCAACAUAUAGAAUAUAUAUGGGGCAAGAUAUAUAUUUAUAUACAUGCACAACUGAGAACUGAGUGCAUAUGGGAUGAUAUAUAUGUGAGAGGGGUAUAGACUAUGUGAGGAAAACAUCUAUAUUUCAUAUUGAGAAAUGUUAUUUAUUAACAACACUGGCUUCUUAUAUGUAACUUAUUACAUUAUUUUGUAAACAUUUUUCACUCCAACCAAAUAUUUUUUUUUAUUUUUUUCAUUUAAUAAUCUAUACAUAUGCAAAUUAAAAAUACAUUAAAUUAUUACUUUCUAGGACAACCGAAAUACUAGGAAUCUGGGUAUUGGGAUUUUGGUUUUCAAACCACUUGAUAGAAGAGGUUAAUUUAGCAUUGCAUGGUUUGUGCAUAGGCUCAUGGCCCACAAUUCCGCAAUAAAGCCCACAAUUCCAUAAUGUUCUACAGACCUGAAUAUAUUUUGUGCUAGGCUACACAGCAUGUGGGCUUGGCUGGGCUGGCAGUGGAAUGAAUGUCCGUGAACAUGUUUGCAGAUGAACACAGGGUUAGGUGAGACACUGCUCGUUACAUUAAUAAAGUGCAUGUCACUGGUGGCAUUCAGCAGACUUCAUAAAGAAGAUAGUUAUUUUGCAGCGUGCUGUUAUUUUGAACGUGUUUCAGUUUACCUUCUUAGUGUUGUCCAUCCAGGAAAAGACACUGCUUCCUGAUUGCUUAUUUUGUGAAUUCCUGUUAUGUAAUAUGUCCUUAACCACAGCUUCCUGCUUGUUCCAAAACAUUUUAUUUUUUUUUAAAUGUGUUGCUCAUAAAAACCAUGGUUUCUUUUCAUAAAUAGUAUUCAUCAUUUCAGUUUGACUUAUUUGUAACUAGAGUGUCCUUAUAAGUAAAAAAAAAAGUGAUUUAAAAAAAAAAGUAUAAUACAAAACACAAACAAUAAUAAAGAUACUAUAAAACACAAAAACAGUCAUGUAUCUAUUAUUCAGUUCUAUGAAUUUAUAUCAAUUUUCACUCAUUCGUACUCUAGGGACCUCCCGUUGGCACUCUCCAUAAGGCUAUAAAUCGUUAUUCUUAGAAAUUGUUUUUUCGCUAUUUUUUUUAUUAAUUGGGUCAAUCCCUUAACCUUUUGCUCAGGUUCGAACAAUUUUCAGGGCUUCUAGUUUGUUUAUAAGAUCUAUAAGUAUUUGAUCUAUCUUAUCAUCGUUAUUAUUAUAAUUAAUUGCUUUUUCCAUCCCAAAUUAAUAUAAAAGUUGGGCUUUAAGUUGGAUAAAUGUUAGACAAGUAUUUCUCUUCCAGCCUCUCGCUAUCAAGAUUUUGGCUGCCAUCAUAGAGUAUGUAAGAAUAAUCCUGGUUUUAGCAUUUACUGUUCCCCAAUCUAAAUGUAAUAAGGCUACUUCAGGUUUUCUGUGUAAAUAGAUAUUCCCUAUAUUCUGAAUUGUUGUAUAUACUGCGUUCCAAAGUGGGUUAAUAUGUGGAGAACUCCACCAAACAUUGAAUAUGGUACCUUCGGCUUAAUUGCCUCUCCAACAAAUUGGGGAGUUAAUUGCUGUUAUUCUUGAUAGUUUUUUUGGUACCAUCUAUGCAUUGUUUUUACAUGUGUUUACAAAUUGCCCAAAUAAUGCACAACUCUUUUUUUUUUUUAUUCAAAGACGGGCACUAUUCUGUAUAAGGUAUACUUAUCCCCAAUUCCUUCUCCCAUUUUUUUUAAAGCUGGAGGAUGGACUGUUGAAAAUAUGGACUUUAAUAGCGUAACUAGCGCGAGAGUAAGCCAUUUUAAUUGUUUUGCCACAGAAUAUUAUCUUAAUAAGGCCCUUCUCUUCCUCUUGUGUUUUAAGAAUAUGAUCUUUCAAGAAACAUUUGAUUCUCAAAUAUUUGAAUAUUUUUCUAUUUGGAAGAUCUAAUUUUGUUUUAGAUCUGUAAAGGGUAAAAUAUGAUACAUUUUACAUCAAUCUUUUAUCUUCACUCCCUGCGAUUUAUAAAAGUCUGGGAUAAAUCUCCCUAAGAGGUCAAUGUUGAUCCCGUCAAUUGUUUUACCUGUAAAUUUUAGCUCUUUUUUGAUAAUUCUCCACUGCUUUAUUGUAUGUUGUAGGACCAUUGGGUUGUCUUGUUAGAGUAAGGUUAUACGAAUAUCGUGUAUUUAUAUGUUAAUGGCAGUAUCACAAAUAUAAAUAUUGUGUAUGGAAAAACUUAAAACCCUCUUUAUUAAAAAAAAUUUAGGUGGACUAAUCGCCAAAGUAUCAGCUGUUAUUUGUACAUGCGAUCUUGCUUUUGCGAAUACAUAUCUUGAACUUGCUGAAAACAAAGUACAUAUACUAAAUGUACAUAAAAGCAAGACAAAAUCAACACACAUAGUUUUUGAAGCCGUAAAGCUAUGUGUUGAAGACUUUAUUAAUAAUGAAUAAUCCAAAGUAAUUUCAUACUGUGCCAUCACCGUCUGUAUGAUUUACCAACGGAGUAUCUUUUUUAAGUUGCAUUUCUUUUUUUCAACUUCAAACUUCAUGUUAUAUUGUCCAAACAUUGGUGUGGAUUAAUCUCUGCUGCACAUCAUAAUUUUGUUGGAGGUAACAAUAAAUAUAAGCUUACUUUUAUCCAUCAUCCUGUGAGUGGUUCUAGGUAGGGACCCAGUGCACUGCUUUGCCUGUGGGGCCUAUAAUGCUGUUAAGACAGCCAUGAGUAGAGACAAUAUUGUUAAGCUUUUCAAGAUAAUGCAGAAGUAUCUACUGAGGAUGGUCAUAGCUAAACGACCCUUAAAUGUAAUUAAUUUGAUGCUAAACACCAGGAUUUCAAGAGACGUUUUAGCCAAUCCUUUAUCUAGAUGUUUCAAGAGGUUUUUGGAAUUCAUAGUUCAACUAAACAUGAACUAAACUACUAUGCAAACAGGAGCCACUGGGGAGAUUCUUUGCGGUUACAAUUUAGCAUAUAUUCCAGAAUAUUUUAAAGGGACACUCCAGACAUUUAACUACCUAUGCAUCUUGUGUUGGAUAUAGUACAAGUAGGUCCACUUUUCUUGUCUCUUUGUGUGUAGUGUCUGAUAACUGCAGUAAUUUGCUAAAACCGCUAUAAGCCUGCCCCUUUUGAUGUUUAAAGAGAAUUGUCCACUUACUCUUUUGCUAAAUUUGUGACAAUCUGCCGUAAAAUGUGGGGAUAACAUUUUAUUAUUUGGAAUCACAUUGCACACAAAGUUUUUAGCUUUUCUGUUCAAGAGAUAUGAUUAAAUGGAACUGCAUAUCAGGCAAGGGUUUGUGGUGUAAGUUUAUACCACACCGUCCAAAAGGAGAGUCUUCUGAUUGGUGAACUGGUCUCAGAAAGGGUUUUCUGCUAUUGCUAGGAAUGGCAACAGGCACUUUAUUAUUAUUUUUCUAUUGCUUUCUUUAACCCCUUAAGGUCUGAGCCAAAUGUACACGUUGUGAACAAAACAAAACAUAAACAAAACCUGGCAUUUGCGCUAUGUGUCUGUCCAACUGUAAUUCACCUCUUUCAUAUUAAAUGCACCCACCCUUAUUAUAUAUAAUUUUAUUCAGGGGAAACAGGGCUUUCAUUUAACAUCAAAUAUUUAGGUAUGGAACAUAAUUUAAUAUGACAACAAUGGGAGAAAAUAAGAUUUUUAUUUUCUUAGUUCUACGUGACAUUUUAACUGAGAAUGGCAAACUACUGUUUGCUUUUACUGCAAAAAAAUACACAUAUUUGUAUUCAGUGAUGUCUCACAUGUAAAACAGUACCCCUAUGUACAGGUUUUAUGGUGUUUUGGGAAGUUACAGGGUCAAAUAUAGCGUGUUACAUUUUUCAGUUUUUUCACAUUGAAAUUCGCCAGAUUGGUUACGUUGCCUUUGAGACCAUAUGGUAGCCCAGGAAUAAGAAUAACCCCCAUGAUGGCAUACCAUUUGCAAAAGUAGACAACCCAAGAUAUUGCAAAUGGGGUAUGUCCAGUCUUUUUUAGUAGCCACUUGGUCACAAACACUGGCCAAAGUUAGUGUUAAUAUUUGAAAAUGUAAAAAACUAAUUUGAACGCCAAUUUUGGCCAGUGUUUGUGACUAAGUGGCUACUAAAAAGACUGAACAUACCCCAUUUGCAAUACCCUGGGUUGUCUACUAUUGCAAAUGGUAUGCCAUCAUGGGCGUAAUUUUCAUUCUUGGGCUACCAUAGGGUCUCAAAGGCAACAUAACCAACCUGGCGAAUUUUAAUGUGAAAAAACUGAAACGCAAACCUUAUAUUUGACUCUGUAACUUUUAAAAAACACCAUAAAACCUGUACAUGAGGGGUACUGUUAUACUCGGGAGACUUCGCUGAACACAAAUAUUAGUGUUUCAAAACAGUAAAACGUUUCACAACAAUUAUAUCGUCAGUGUAAGUGCCAUUUGUGUGUGAAAAAUGCAAAAAAUUUCACUGUCACUGACGAUAUCGUCGUUGUAAUACAUUUUACUGUUUUGAAACACUAAUAUUUGUGUUCAGUGAAGUCUUCUGAGUAAAUAAGUACCCCCCAUGUACAGGUUUUAUAGUGUCUUGGAAAGUUACAGGGUUAAAUAUAGUGCUAGCAAAUUAAAUUCCCUGAACUUUCGGCCUGCGUUGUCAGGCAGGUCCUGCAAAUUGUAAUUAAUAAACUGAGCUAAUUAUGUAAAAUUAUUACAUAAAUAUAUACGUUGAAGUAUUAUAUAUAUAUAUAUAUAUAUAUAUAUAUAUAUAUAUAUGUGUGUGUGUGUGUGUGUGUGUGUGUGUAUAUAUAUAUAUGUAUAUAUGUAUAUAUAUAUAUAUAUAUAUAUGUAUAUAAUUUUUUUAAAUAAUUUUUAUUUAUAUAUAGGUAUAUAUAUAUAUAUAUAUAUAGUGAUAUAUACUUAUAUACUUAUGUAUAUAGAUAUAUAUAUUAUUUCGUUCUACAUGUAUUUUGAUAUCAAUAUAUAUAUAUUAAUUUUAAAAUACAGUUAGAACGAAAUUACACAUAUAUUACACAUAUAUAUAUAUUUUAAUUUUUGUUAAUUUUUUUUUUAAAUUCUUUAUUUUUCAUGUGCUCAGAUUAACAACUGGCGCGCAGAGCCACGACAGCUUCUGCACACAUUUUCAUAACAUUUUACAGUGUAGACAGCACUUUUUUUUUUUUUUUUUUAUAUAUAUAUGACAUGAGGAAUACAGGUAGUUAAACAUAAAGAUAGUAUUGUUUAGCAUGCUAGAUUGAACGUGCAUUUGUCCUGACUAGUAGCCCUGAGGUUUGUAUGUCCAAGGUAUUGCAUCACUAGUAACGACAGCUAUAAUGGUAGGAUAUAUGUUGCACGUUAUGAAUUAUUUAUGAAGGCUUAAUAAACAUCACGUUGAAGCUAAAUUAAAGUAACAGUUAACGCUUUCUACAAUGGCAUCUGGGGAGUUAAUAUUGCUGAAGUCUGGGGGACAAGCCUGAACUUAGUACUGUCACUAAAAAGAACACCUGAGGUCCCCUGUGGCAUUAAUCUAGCAAGUGAUUUACAGUGUCGGGAAUCUAUGCCAAGUAAAGACAGUGUUAUUUAAGGUAGAGGCAAAAGACUUAUGCAGGAUCUCUGAUUGCUAAGUAUCAUCAGCAUAACAGGGGCAUUUCAAUUUGAUAAAGGCUUUAUGCUAACAAUUUAGGCUGGGGAUGAUUCACUUCAGUCAAAUAAAAUACAUACAUUAAAUGCAAGACUAUAAUAGAGUAGUGAGUAAUAGGUUAGUUGUUGCUUGCAGGGUUUAAUAGGAUUCUCCAGUGCCAGUGAGCGGGUAAGCUUUUGUAGUUUCCGGUCAAUGGGAGAGAGAGUCUCUGCCUGAUAAGCAGGGUCGCCAGCUGUGGGCAGUGCUCUGUGUUUGCAACAGUCCAGUCUGCCUUAGCCUAUGCCCUUCCUCGAAGCCUUGUCUGUAUACCUGGGACAAUGACUCGGUUGUCGGAAUAGUGUUUCUGCCAUCCCUCUUCACAAGUGUAAAGACCCAGUUGUCGGGCUUGUUUGCUCGCAUUGGUGCUGGGAUGCUUGUGGGCGAAUUGGGUGUAAUCUGCUAUUGGCUGCCUAUUGUUCAUUUGCCCACGCUGGUUGGACACCGCCUGGGCGGGCCUGCCGGUUCUUUACGUGUACCGGUUUGUGUUGAGGCUUGGGGUGGCUGUCUGUUUCUCCCAGAGCGCUGCUGUUGCAGUCUGGCUCGUUCGCGGUGGUUUUCUCGUUGGCGGGAGGCGGUGCCUGCCGCAACGCCACUUUCUGGCAUGCUUGUUUAGGCGUGGAGCUUGUUUAAGGUAAGCUUGAGGGGGCACUGCCAGCGUUAGUUUCUUAGCUGGGUCGCUCGUAGCAGCUUGUCGCUCACCGAUUUUCCUCCAGAAAGCCUUGAAAAGUGCGUCAAUUCGCUUUAGAGUCUCUGUUAACUGUUUAGGUGAGGCAGUGUUGUCCGCCAUUUUGGAGGCCCCAACUCCCGCCUUGAUUGGUAGGGUCGCGGGCUUGGUCGUGGGGCAUGGGGUCAGCUCUUCUCCUCCGGGCGGGGACUGGGAUCUCCCCCACCGGUCUAUAGGGGCGGGGGAAGUGUUUCAGUGUCGCUUGCGGCUGUUUGCACUCGGCGGGGAAUCAGCCGUCUUCCCUCGCCACCUCCCAAGGUAGGCCCCAUGCUGCCGUUUUGGUGUCCGGUCUUCCCGGUCAUCGGGUUUGGUCUCAUCAGGUUCUGGUAGGUGACCUCCGUGUCAUGGGCUCCUUUGUAGGAGGGUUGUGGCAUAACAGCUUGAGAAAUUGGCAGAUUUUUGGCUCUUGUGGCAGGAGCUCCUACAGAGCACGUCCAGCCAGCUUGCCAGUCAGGCUCCACCCCCUAUUUUUAUUUAUUUUUUAUUAUUUUUUUUAUUUAUUUAUUAACGUAUUUACAUAUUUAUUUAUUUUAGAAUAUAUAUAAAUAUAUAUAUAAAUGAAAAUGAUAUAUAUAUUUAAUCAAUAUCAUUGUACGUGUAUUUUGAUAUUAAUAUAAAUAUAUAUAUAAUUAUGUAUAUAUUAAUAUUAAAAUACACUUAGACAGUGUAUGUGUGUAUAUGUAUGUAUAUAUACUUAGAUCAUAUAUAUAAUAAAUGUAUAUAUGAUCUAAGUAUAUAUUAUUUAAUUUUACACUGUUUUAACUUAUUUUAUUUCAUUUUCAGACAGCAGGGUGAGUACCUGUCAUAACAGGCACUCCCCUUGCUGGCAGUGCCUUGGACGGCUAUGCGAUCCAUGUGAUCGCGAGGUCCUCGCAAGGACCUCUCGAUCCCAGGGCACAGAGGGGCUGAAGAGGACGGAGGGGGACUCCCUGGGCUCUCAGGUAAAUCCCCAUACUGACGCCGGCGACCGAGUAGGUACAUAAGAUCGCAGAGCGUUCUAGGCCGCCCUGCGGCGUUUAGAGCCAUCAAAAUUGGGACGGCAUAGAACGCCCUGCGGUCUUAAGGGGUUAAAUCACUUUGUUUCUGUUUAUGCAGCCCUUGCCACACCUCCCCUGGCUCUGAUUGACAAAGCCUGCAUGGAAAAAAAAACUGGUUUCACUUUCAAACAGAUGUAAUUUACCUGAAACAAUUGUAUCUCUUGCUCUGUAAAUUGAUCUUUAAUCACAUACAGGAGACUUUUGCAGGGUCUAGCAAGCUAUUAAUAUAGCGGGGGAAAAGAAAAUCUAAAUUAAAUAGAACUUGCAAUAAAGGAAGGAUAAACAUUAGAUGACUCUUUACAUGAAGUGUUUAGGAAGGCUGUGCAAGUAACAUGCGGGGAGGUGUGACUAGGGUUCAUAAACAAAGUGAUUUAACUCCUAAAGAUAAUUAAGCAGUGAGACUGCAGGGGCAUGAUCUAUACACCAAAACUGUUUCAUUAAGCUAACGUUGUUUUGGUGACUAUAGUGUCCCUUUAAUUCCGCAGACUGCUGGAAUGCAAGAUCUUCGAAACAUGAAAUGGUCUCUCAAUUUUGCAAUAUUUGGAUUGUCUUCAUUAAGUAAACCAUCCUACGUAUCAACGUGUUGUUGAUAUAUUAGAAAAAGAAAAUUGUAAUAAUAAACUGGACUCAGUGGAUGCCAAACUCUUUGGAACCUAAUAAUUGGCUCCUGGUGUGCAGAGUUAAGAGAAUUUCUUCUGUGGCUUGUAUAGAAUGUUGGCAUUUGUUCCCCACUCUGCACAGCAGGGAAAGCUCAAGGCUGCAGAGUAAACAAUAAUUGCAUUAUUUUAUGUCUGCGUUGCUCAUGUACAAACAAUACAAUGUUAAUUCCUGAUGUCUAUCACACAAUGACUCUGUAAACAACUUUUUAUCAAUGUGUUCAAUGAAAAGCAGAAAGUGCUUCUAUUAUGGUCCCAAAAGUACAAUUUCAAGGAAAAUCACAACUCCUGUGCAGAGACGCGUAUCACACUCAGUUCAUUGAACAUUGCAGGAGUUGCAGCUAAGUGUUAAGCAGAAAGACCAAUAAAUCAUUUCCUUCAAAGUUUCUCACCAUUUCUCAUUCCCCCCUCAAUUAUUUGCUUUGUCUGAGCUGUUAUUUAAUUGUCUUGGCUGAGAAGCUCUUUUUAAAAUGUAUUACUAUUUCACUAGUAUUGAAAUGUAAAAACAAUUGCUUAAAUAGGACUUCUAUGUACUAAUACUAUGGCAAUGCCAAUCUCUCACUUUAGUUAACAUGUUAAAAUAUUCCUGGUGUCACACUAUAGCAUAGUUACUGAUAUUAGUCAUUCAUGGGGUUACUCAAUAUCCAAGCAUGAGUAUGUGUGUCAAAAAGGAAAGAAUGUUUCAUAACAAAACCACAAAUUUUAGCAAUGUAUCCAUGUCCUGCCAACUCACCCGAGGAUACAUGGUAAAAAACAUGAUUUGUUAACAGAUGGAACAUCAUAACACAACUUCUAGGAACCACAGAACCUCAGUGCCCUGGAACUGCAUGGAGGAGGCUGGGGAGAGGACACUCAGGGUAAGGAGUGAUCUGUCAUGCUAAGGGAUGGGCUCAUGGACAAUGCCGGACUGGGAAGAAAAUUCGGCCCGGGCAUUUUUUUAAUCACAGAGGCUAACUGAAAAGGAGGCGGGGCAGUUAGGGUGUGUUUUGUCAUCACCAAUGAAAAGCACGCCCCAUCACAAAGUGAGCAUGUUGGUUCAAUUCUCGUUUAGGGCAGACCAUGCGCAGAGCUAGGCUGAAAAGCUCUAGCAUGAGAAAAAGGCCCUGUGUUUGUUCUGCACAGCACAAGUAGAUUUGAUAACAUGCUUGCACUGUGUUUGCUUGAAAUUUGUCUCUGGUGUCUAUAUAGAUGGGAUACCAGGAGACAAAAAUGCCAGGAAAGAGUAUUGUGCAGUGUGUGUGUGUGUGUGUGUGUGUGUGUGUGUGUGUGCGCGUGCAAGAGGGGUGCAGUGUGUGUGAGGGUGCUGUGUGUGUUAGGGGUGCAGUGUGUGUGCUGUGUGUGAGUGAUGGGUGCAGUGUGUGUGUGAGGGUGCUGUGUUAGAGUGAGGGUCCUAUGUGCGUGUGAAGAAGCUGUGUGUGUGAGGGUGCUGUGAGUGUCAGGGGUGCAGUGUGUGUGUGUGAGUGAGGGUGCUGUGAGUGUCAGGGGUCUAGUGUGUGUGUGUGUGAGUAAGGGUGCUCUGAGUGUCAGGGGUGUAGUAUGUGUGUGUGCAAGAGGGGUGCAGUGUGUGUGUGAGGGUGCUGUGUGGGUAAAGGUGCUGUGUGUUUAAGGGGUGCAGUGUGUGUGUGUGUGUGUGUGUGUGUGAGGGUGCUGUGUUUGAGUGAGGGUGCUAUGUGCGUGUGAGUGAGGGUGCUGUGAGUGCCAGGGGUGCAGUGUAUGAGUGUGUAUGAGUGAGGGUGCUGUGAAUGCCAGGGGUGCAGUGUGUGUGCGUGUGCUGUGAGUGUCAGUGGUGCAGUGUGUGUGUGUGUGUGUGAGUAAGGGUGCUGUUAGAGCCAGGGGUGCAGUGUGUGUGAGUAAGGGUGCUGUGAGUGCCAGGGGUGCAGGGUGUGUGUGUGUGAGUGAGGGUGCAAGGGGUGCAGUGUGUAUGUGUGAGUGAGGGUGCUGGUGUAUGAAUAUGUUUGGAGGGCCUGUGUGUUGGGGGGGUCGGGGGCAGAUUAUUAUCUAUAUCAGGCUUCUUGGGGAAGCCUGAUCUAUAUAUUAGUAAAAAAAUAAAUAAAGAAGGAUUGAUUAUAUCCCCACUCCCUUCUUACCUUUAGACUGGGAGAGGGGACCGUGCUGCUAUCCCUGGUGGUGCUAGUGGUGAGUGAACUCUAGCCAUGGCAAUGAUCCGGAUCUCGCGAGAGGAACCUGAGGGAGCUGCAAGAUAGAGCUCCUCCGAGUUCCUCUCCUGUCUCCCUCCCUCCCCAGCCGGCGGCCGAAUCACACUGCAUGUGGGCCCAUGAGGGAGAUCUUUGAUCUCCCCACUGGCCAGUCAUGGAAACCAGCGGGGCAGACAAUCUGUCAGGGGCAUGGAACUAUGGUUUGGGGGGAGCAGAUAAAAGACUUGCCAGUGAGCACCUAAUUGCUCUGCAGUACUGCAUGUGGACAAGCAUAUGUUUUAUUCUGCAUCUUUACUCCAUGGAAUCCUGGAUAUAAGCAUGUUCCCACACCGCUCAGAAUUGUAAACUGCAACAGAAGUAUACUUACCCUGGGGCACCCAGGGUGAAAAAAGUAAAAGGGUUGCACAGAGCACCCCCUUCCACCAGAGCAGGCACCUGCCUGCUGGCACAUUACUGGCCAAGUUACCUGCUCUACAGCAGUCCUGGAACUUGAUGCAGCAAGAGGACUGCUGGGAUCUCUCUGCACUGAGUGUCAGGCUCCUUCACAUGCACUGUAGUGAUGGUAGGAGCCAGUAUGGGACGUCAUCCCAGCCCCAGCUUGGACCCAGGCAUAUGGUUCCACUCCACCUCCCUUUUGAGGAUCUCACUGUGGAAAUAAAUAGAAUAUCAAUUAAGUGUGUGUAUGAAUGUUUGUAAGUCUGUGCGUAUAUGUAUGGAUGUGUGUGCUUAUACGUUUCCAAUUGUUUUUGCAUGAGUCUUUGCGUUUAUUAAUGAAAGUGUCUAUAUAUGUGUCCAUGUGUGUGUGUGUCUGUAUAUAUGAAUGCAAGUAUGUGUGAAUAUAAAUGUCUAUGUAUAUGAAUGUACAUUUCUUCCAGGUUGCCAUGCAAUCUAGGUAUGCUACUGAGGCACUACAUCCAAAACCUAUACUGGCAGCUCCUUUGUAAAAAGUCAUAACUGAGUUAAACUUACUUAUAGCUCAAAUGACUCUCAAUGAUUGGCUCGGUGUGGCAUUUUGCCGCUCAUGCACGCUGGACUCCAAAUGCAUCACUGGGGAAGCAUUGGUGUUACGAAAGCCCCUCUGUAUGCUGCAAGACUAUCGCUUUCUUUACCCUUGUUGCUAUUUGACACUACAAUGGAUACUUUUACUGUUAUUUCUAUCUGGAUACUAUUUCUACCCUGUUAUACAAAUGAUCCUGGGUACUCAUUCGUACAUAUGAACAGCCGACCACCCAGCCAUUGGCGUGUGCCGCCACUUAACCCCAGUCACCUUUGAAAUCACCGAAAGACCUGAGUGUGCCUUUAAUUAACCUCCAGGGAGCUGCGGUUUGCGGUUAACCGCAACCUAAUUCACUGGCCUCAGGGUGGCCCCGUUCGGAUAAAAUUAGGCGAAUGGAGCACGUACCCCAAACCGACUAAAGGACUACCGAACGAUGACCACCUACCAUCUGGCGUGUGGCCUCAAUUAACAUGUGGUUUCUGCGGGUAACCACAAGUUAAAUACCUCUUUCAAGGUGGGCGCCAUUCGUAUGCUGAACACGAGGUGGCGGCCAUCUUUUGUUGUCGAAUGCCCCAGUGGACCUAAGCCCCAAGCUCCUGGAACUAGAAUCGGCCAAAGAUUUGCACGAACUCCACCAAGGUGUCGGUUGUCCCAUCCAUUUGUGCCAAAACCUACGAACAGACUUUGUAUUUCGUGACUUUCAUAUACCGUUCGUGAGAUCUGAGCGCAAUUUGUAUAUCUUGUGCGCUCAGAUCUGAGCUAUCCAGAGACUGGUUGAAUGGGCUAUGUUCGUAUUAAAACCUAAAAGUUAUGUAUUUUUAUGUUAUUUUCAUGUGGGUAUAAAAUGUGGUAUUUCUAUGCGCUUGGAGAUAAUUAGGUUUGUGUAACCGUUGAAACCAAUUAUCUCCAAGCUAGGCGGGAACAUUUUCAAAUGAUAACUGUAAUGCCAUUGGUUGGGACAUUGCAUUGUCCAGUAUACCAUCAGGUCCAGAGGGGGUUGUCCCUGGACCUGAUAACUAUAUAAAUUGCCAUGCAUGAGUGCCAUUAAAUCAGCCUUGACUCGUGUUGUAGGGAACAGUGAAUCAUAGCUCUACUAUAGCUAGUGGGAUAUUCGACAUUUGCAGGUUUUGCCGAUUGCAGCAGCGUUCGUCUCUCUGAGUUCGGGAACCGGGAUAACCCAUCGGUCCAACUUUCAGCUAGCCUGGAGGCAACCGUAACAAUUAGAUUGGCUGAGAUCAUCGAGACUGAUAAUCUCAGCCAUGGAGGCAGUUCACCAGAAUGCAGACCCCCUGCAAGGGGUGGAGUGGACAUCUAUAUACGUAGUAAACACUACAGGGUUAGGAACACAUGUUUGUAUUUCUAACUCUCUAGUGUUCCUUUAAUAAGUGUCCCCUCCUGACUUAUAUGUUAAUAUUAGCUGUGAACAAUGGAGGGAAGCUUUAUCUUUAGUUUCUAAAAAAUAUUCAAUGUCUUAAUUUAGUUCAAUGCCAAUAUUAAUUGGCAAAUAGAUUGUAUUUGGUGCACAGCAGAAUGAGUAAAUUUAUUCACAAUCAGGUUCAUAUAUGCUGGCGCUGCAACAUAGAAAGAGGGGACAUAUAUGGUGGGAUUGUGGUCCACUUCAGCUAUUUUGGAAGAUAUUGCAUAAGAUUAAAAUCUUAACUUCUAUAAAUUUGGGGUUCUCUCCCCAAAUAUUUCUCAUCCAAUUAAAUAUUAGAUAAUUAUGCGGUAAUUUAGCACCCUUCGUAAUUCAAGUAUUAGUAGCGCAGGGCGGGGAGCUCUCCUCCUCCUCUCCACCUCUGAUCCUCCUCUUCGGCUGAAUGCGCAUGUGCGGCAGCAGCUGCGCGCGCAUUCAGCCAGUCUCAUAGGAAAGCAUUCAUAAUGCUUUCCUUUGGACGCUGGCAUCUUCUCACCGUGAUUUUCACAGUGAGAAGCACGCAAAUGCCUCUAGCGGCUGUCAAUGAGACAGCCACUAGAGGCUUUAGAGGCUGGAUUAACCCAUUUAUAAACAUAGCAGUUUCUCUGAAACUGCUAUGUUUAUAAAAAAAAGCGUUAAUCCUAGAGGGACCUGGCACCCAGACCACUUCAUUAAGCUGAAGUGGUCUGGGUGCCUAGAGUGGUCUUUUAACGCAAUGUAUUUGUGUAAGUAUUAAAAUAUCUAAUAAAGAUUAUACAUUUUAAAAAAGUUACCCCUCCUCAAUGUGAUUUCCAUUCUGAACGUCUCACACAGGACAUUUGCAUUUAGUGUUCAGGGGAUGGAGCCAAUAUUGGAAUUUUGCAAUCCUUUUCUGUUGUUUACACAAGAGAUGAACAUUUCUCAAGCACAUUGUGCAGUACAAUUGCCUUGUAGGCUUUUUUAAAACUAACUUUCUGAUAAUCUGUCUUGCUGAGCAAACAAAUUGAAGCAUUGUUCCCUUCCUUGAAUUGUCCAGUUUCUGCAGGUCUUGCUAAAUACUCUCCAAGAUCUACAAAAGACAACACUUUUUAAAAAAAUAUAUAUUUUGUUUUUGUGCCAGUGCUUAUUUAAAAUUAAGAAUAUAUACGUGAACAGUGGUCAACGUCUCCAGUUUCAGUAGAAGCUCUUGGGAUCUAUCCACAGGAACACGCUGCACCUUUUAGCAGGUUUCUGUGUGAAGAUUGUAAAGGUCAGUGGAGAUUUUUGUAAAUCUAUUAGAAAACAGGAAAGUUACACUAACUUCUUUUAAGACGCCUUUUAAACUCUUUAUGUCAGGAUUCAUACAACGGAUGUCAUGAACAUGUUAAUUUCCUUAACCCCAUGUCCUGGACACACCCAACACACUAAGUUAUUUAUUGCACUAAACUUUUUUAGAAAGAAAAUGUAGUUUCACCAAAGAAUCGUAACUCCAUAAACAUCAACUUUUUUUUUUUCACUUACAACUAUUUACAUAUUAUUUAGUCAUAGCUGGAUUGUGUCCUUAACAAGCACACCACAAAUGGUUCUAUUAAUCCUUUCACUCUCAAGUCCUUUUCUUUAAAAACAUAAUUAGCAUAAAAAACAUGGGAUGCAUAUCCAUUUAAAAAUAAGUGUGAAAUAAAAGAUUUAGUACCCUAUUUAGUCAAUGCAUUUCAUAUACAGACUAUACUUUAUCAAAGCCUGUUAGAUGUACUUUGUAUAUAUAAUAUACUUUGUCAAGGUCUUGUUAGAGUAUACUGCAUGUAUAAAAUGUAUUAAACAGGUAGUGUUUCUUUCAACUCUGCAAAAUCAUAAGACGUUAAUUGUGGCACACUUUUCAUGCAUUGUUUUUAGUAUUCUAUAGUCAGGAUGCUACCUAGAAAUGUUUCUCUGUAGUUGAGUUUGAAUAGUUACACAUAACAUGUCAAAGUAAUAUCUCAUGGUGUUUUAUCACAUAUUCUUAUUUGAUGAUCUUCUUCGAUGAUCUGUAUAGUUAACAGGACAAUUUUAGCCCCAUCACCACUACAUGUUCUGUAGUGGUUAUAAUGCCAGGAGUCCUUGGAUGCAAUCUGUCAAACCAUUUCUGAACAUUUUGAAUGCAGACUUUGCUAUGUCAGGUGCCACCGUCAUUCCGAUCUGAGCUGAUCUGAUGAAACAGAAAUGUAUAUAUUCUAAUAACAACUCCUACCAAGUUUAAAUGGUAUUCAGUACGUGAGAGUGUUGGGCAACAUGUUGUUGUUGUUAUGUUGCCUAAUGUGUCCCUUUAACCAAACCCUUGUAGUUUGCCAGUAUUGUUUAAUGUGAUAUGCUACUUUGAACUACUCAAUACAAAUUAAAUUACAAAAUAAAAAUGUAGAAAACUUGAUUUUUUUUUUUUAAAGACAAUGUUUGUGUACAAGUUGUGAUUACUGUUUUGCAAAAAACGAACACUGUAAACAGCAAGCUCUAGUGUUAUAGGAAGUAAUGCGUAUCAUUAACAGUGGAUUCACAGAUAGUUAAUGAACUAAAAAGGCAACAUUUUAGAGAUUUAACUGUUCAGUUAUAAAAAGAGAACGUCACAGCUACAUGUAUUAAUAUAUAUUUUUUACAUUUAUUGGUUAAUCCUUGGUGAAAAUAUUGGAAGAAAUGCAAUAAGACGUUGCGGUUUGUUUGGUAUCUCUCUUCUAACCCUCCUUCAAACUUACUCUGAAGGGAUUGCACAAAGUCAAAACUAUUAUUUUUGAACAAGCCAGAGAUUUGACAUUAUAAAAAGUUAUAUACAUAUUGAGGAAAGCUUUAUCAAAGCUCUGAAAUGCUGCUCACGAUCUGCAUCUACUUUUGGGAAUUCAGAUUCCUGAAAUUUGUUCUAAUUUCUAAGUUGUGGAUGAAUGUAAAUGCAGUACAUAAUAACACAAGCAAAAAGGCUACGAAAAAGAUUGUUAGUUGUAAUUUCAGACAUAAAAAAUUCUCAAAUGACCCAUUUUGUUCCAGAACUUUCUCUUUUCAUUCCUUGUAAGGGCACUGUGACAUGAGUGUGCAGGAGAAGAGACUUCAUGUGUCACGUCAGCUACUUAACCAGAAUUUUCUGAAAAAAAUCACAUAGUUGGAGAAUGUUUCCAAUUAAUAUAUUUUGGGCUAAUUGAGACAAUUUCCUUCUUAUGGCCCAACAAUGAUGUUUCUUGAAUAACUGAUAGAAAGACACCAUGGUAUCUGAUAUGGGAAAUGUAAUUUAUCUGCCAGGUAAAGAGGACUGUAGGACCAUCAGAAAAGUUUAGUUUUAAUUAAUUUAACUCUUUCAUUCAUUGAUUUGCUUUGAAAAUGUAAGGAAACAAUAUUUGUUAUUCACACAGUAUUUUUGUUCUCCCUCCAUUUAAAUGCAGAUACUUCUGAAACAAGUGAUUGGUGGCUGUGAUGCUGUUAGUGAGUAGAAAAUGAACAUUCGGUAGGUAUCGGGAUAUUCCAAACUUCUCAAAUUCUGUUUCUUACCUGUUGCCUGCUAAAUAUUGAAUGUAUGUUUAUAUAAAUAUGUGCUGUUUCCCCACAAUUUAGCAUGUAGUUGCUGCUGUAAGUCCUGGCAGAUGCUAGUUCAUAUGACGCCCUCUCGCAGUCAUAUUAUUUAUUGGGUUUCCAUCCAUUUACCCCAUUGCAUCUCUGCCACCCAUGUAGGAGAACCCACUAGUAAUAAAUUAAGCUUCUCAUGGCAUAGCCAAGAGUCAUAAUGCUCAUGGAAAAAGCAAAACAAUAGGCUACUGGGCCUAGCAUCAUCAAAAAAUUAAGGCAAACUAUUGCUGAAGUGCCUAAGGUAGCUCUUGUAUAUUGGGUGUGAGACCCAUGCUCACAAGCACACAGAGCUUACAACACCAGCCGUCAGAGGAAGAAACCAAGCCAAAAGGCUCACAUGUCUGGAAUGACUUGACCUGCAGUACAUACUUGUGUCAACAUAGCUAAUUUGUCAAGGGAAAUGUGACUCAGUAGGGACAGUGCUUUAACCCCUUAGUGACCAGACCGUUUUUCAAUUUUCCUACUGUUAAGGACCAGGGCUCUUUUUAAAUUUCUGCAGUGUUUGUGGUUAACUGUAAUUUUCCUCUUACUCAUUUACUGUACCCACACAUAUUGUAUACCGUUUUUCUCGCCAUUAAAUGGUCUUUCUAAAGAUACCAUUAUUUUCAUAAUAUAAUUUACUAUAAAAAAAUUAUAAAAUAUGAUGAAAAAAUUAAAAAAAACACUUUUUCUUAUUUUUACCCCCAAAAUCGUUUAUGCAUCUAGAACCGCCAAAAAAAACACCCAUGAUAAAUAGUUCAUAAAUUUUGUCCUGAGUUUAGAAAUACCUAAUGUUAACAUAUUCUUAGCUUUUUUUUUGCAAGUUAUAGGGCAAUAUGUACAAAAAGCACUUUGCUAUUUCAAAACCAUUUUUUUUUCAAAAUUAACGCAAGUUACAUUGUAACACUGAUAUCUGUCAGGAAUCCCUGAAUACCCCUAUAUAUAUUUAUAUUUUAUAAAAGAAGACAACCUAAGGUAUUAACUUGGGGUAUUUUGACUCUUCUCAUGCAACCAUUUUACCACCAAUCUAUGCCAAAUUUUUUAUUUAUUUUUUAAAUUUAAGAAUACAUGUACAGAGAACUUUAAGGAUUACUGCCAAAGAACACCCCAAUAUGUGUUCAGCAACAUCUCCUGAGUACAGUGAUGCCACCCAUGUAUAGGUGUAUCGGGUUCUCUGGGGGCUAAAAUACCUUAUUUGGAGGGUGCGCAUUCCAGUUUUCCAACUUGGAAUUUUCACAGCUGGUCAUCACACACCCAUGUCAUAUUUGGGACAUUUUUGAAGCCGGCCAAUGUAAUUUACCCCCAUCAACCCAUAUAUUUUUUAAAAGUAGAUGCCCUAGGGUAUUUCAAAUGGUGGUAUUUUAACACUUCCCAUGCAAUAAUUCUACCACCAGUCUUUGUCAAACUUUUGGGUAGUCAUUUUUUUGUGUUAUUUUUCCACACGCAUUCUACUUUAGGCAUGGAUUCUCAGCUACUGUUAGGUGUUACUGCCAAAGAACAUUCCAAUAUGUGUUCAGCAACAUCUCCUGAGUACAGUGAUACCACAUAUGCAUAGGUUUGUUGGGCUGUAUGGGGGGGUGCAAUGCCAAACAUCUGACGUGUUUUUAAAAUCUGACAUAUCUUCUUUUUUUUUUACAUAUCCCAAUUUAUUUUCUUGCCAUGAGCGUGUAUAUAUUUGAAAAGUUGACAUCCCACGGUAUUGUAUAUGGAGUGUUUUGAUGCCUUUGAUGCAAUAGUUUUAGUCAGAAAAUUGGAGAAAAUGUGUGGUGGUAAUUUUUACAUUUUCAUUUUUACACACACAUUUGUGAAUGAUUUAGAGGAGCCUGUUGUUGGUUAUUGCAAGAAAACACUCCAGAUUGUUUUCUGCAAGGCCUCCCGAGUACACCCAUGCCCCCCAUGAAUGUUUGCCAGGAUUUUGGGAAGGUUCAGUUACAAUUGUAUGACUUGUCAUUUGAGUUGAAAUUGAGAGUAUUUCUUCUGAUAGGCCUAUCUUUAGCUUGGGGCUUAUCACAUACCCCAGUUUUAUUUAUUGCCAUGAAAGUGUAUAUAUUUGAAAUGUAGACACCCCGCGGUUUGUAUAUGGAGUGCUUUGAUCCAACCGUUUUAGCCCAAAAAAUUGGAGGUAAUUUUUCAAUUUUCAUUUUUACACACACAUUUCUUUUUAACUGUAAUUUAGGAGAGCCUGUUCUUGGUUAUUGCAAGAAAACACUCCAGGUAAAAAAAAACUAAACAACUGAACGGCAAAUGUUUAAAAAAAAAAAAAAAAGGACCUGUGUGUGGUAUGCUUUAAAGCAGUCUGCAGUCGGGAAGAGGUUAAAGUGGCUCUGUUACCACUUCUCCUCCCCCGACCCCCCUUCCCAUUCAAAAUUAGUAUUUCAUAAAGAUAUAAUCUUUAUGAAAUACCUUGAAUUUAAAAUUCACUUUAAACUCACUCUGUAUUCUCACUAUAGUGAAUAAUCCUGAAAAAAAAUCUGUUUGGGGAAGCUUAAUUUAAUAAAAUGUAUAAAAUAUUACAAGUGGCGUAAACACUGUCUAUAACAUAAUUAAAUAGAAGAUGUUUUUUUAAAACGCAAAAUAAGCAGACUAGGAAAGCCACUUAUCUUUUAUCCUUAUUUAAAUGUUUAACCUGAUUAGCAAGAUUACAAUUGCACAAUCAUUUGGCUUAAAAUCAGUUUGUUAUAUCAAUGGUAGCUUUUUUCUGGUCAAGCAGGCUUUUUAUAUAAUAAGGUGGAUGAGGUAAAAACAAGGGUAGGUAAGCAAAGAGUCACUGGGCUGUAUGAUGCCAGCUGCAAUAUGAAAGACAAUGCUGGAGUUGUUUUUUACAAGUAUGAGCACUACAGAGUAAAUAUUGCUUAAAUGAAACUGCUACAAUUGAAGUAGAAUUUAAGAGAAUAUUCCUUAACCCCUUGAGGACACAUGACAUGUGUGACAUGUCAUGAUUCCCUUUUAUUCCUGAAGUUUGGUCCUCAAGGUGUUAAAGGCCCACAGUUUAAAAUUUCAAACCUAAGGCUUAAGCCAGGUCUGAUAUAAAACUGGAGAUAUUCUCCAAGUCAGCUAUGAUUUCAAAAUUAAAAAGGGUACCACAGCUUCAGAAAAUAGCCCUAACAAUAUUUUAAAAAGUUCUCAAACAAACAAAAAAAUAGCAAAUAUGCCCCCUUAAUUUAAAAUAUCAGAAUUUUUUUAGGUAAAGAAAAAUGAACCUCAUGUUGAACAAGAAACAAAUGAUUUUUUAGGACAAAAUCAUUUAUAACUAGACUGCUGCCCCCCAGAUUCAGCCAAUGAGGUCCACAAAAGAGGGUGUUACUAGGGGAUGGAGAGGAAGCGAAAUAACAAGAAUGCAAUACAGAUGUUUAAUUUAACUGACAUCAAAUCAAAGUUCUGAAUAAGGGACUGAAGUAUGCCCCUACUAUAAAACCAGACGUAUUCACUAUUUUUUUUUUAGAUUUCCAUAAGUUUAUGAGAUCUUUAACACUGAAACAUUGUUUUUUAUUAAUAAUUCAAUGGUCUCUAUUGGCCAAGAUUUCCUAAUACAAAAAGGAGAGGACAUAUGAGUUUAAAAAAAAAAAGAAGAGGGACAGUGUCACCAGAGCACACACACGCUGCUGUGAUUUAAAGGGACACUAUAGUCAACAACUUCAGCUUAAUGAGAAAAUACAGUGUUUACAUUGAAAGCUAGGAACACCUCCAGUUGCAGUCACUCAGAGUGAACCAGAGGGACUUCGGAGUUGAUGGAGGCAUAAUAUGCCUCCAUCCACUCAGAUCUGCUGUCAGCAGAGCACAGGGCAGCACUGUGCACAGCAUCCUGUGAUUCAGUAUUUCAUCCCUCUGCAUGCAGGCACUUAACUUUCCUCAUAGAGAUUCAUUGAUUCAAUUCAUCUCUAUAAGGAGAUGCUGAUUGGCCAGGGCUGUGUUUGAAUCAUGCUGGCUCUGCCCCUGGUCUGCCUCUUUGUCAGUCUCAGCCAAUCUUAUGGGGAAGCACUGUGAUUGGAUCAGGCUACCACAUGUCAGCAGACUGCUUGUUUUUCUGAGUCUAACAGCAUACAGAUUUACAGCUUCACGCUUGAAUACAGUAAGAUUUUUACUAUAUUUAUGGAGGCAUGGGGGGCCCAGGGCGGCUUGAUGGCAGUGUUAACGCUAUAGGGUCAGGAAUACAUGUUUGUGUUCCUGACCCUAUAGUGAUCCUUUAAGCCUAUCCUAACUGGCUUAUACUAUAUUGCACUAUAUGUGUGCUGCUUUUCCACAGUAUUCCAGUGUUCCAAAACCCCUGUAGGGGUAAGUGCAAACUACAUAGACUAGCAGUGAUUUCUUGUCACUCGUUUUUUGUUUGAUUUGCAUGUCACUGUGUGAAGAAUAGGAAAAGCUUACACUUUUGUGGUAACUGAUAUAAUUAAAAAAUAUAUAUUUUUCACUUAUAUCUAAUUUUAAGCACCUUAAGCACAUAGCAAUUUGAUUUCAAAUAUUUUGCUCAAGCCGGCUUGAACUAGAUAUUACAAAUACCUAAAGUUCACUUUUUAGUUUAUAAGCCUACUUAUAUAUUAAAGGGACUCUCCAGUGCCAGGAAAACAAACCGUUUUCCUGGUACUGCAGGUCCCCUCUCCUCCCACCCCCAUCCCAAGUUGCUGAAGGUUAAAAUCCCUUCAGUGACGUACCCGUAUCCAGCGCCGAUGUCCCUCGGCGUUGAGUCAGGGUCCGCCCACGCUCCUCCCCCGCUGACGUCAUCCAGUGGGGGAGACAUAUUGAGCAUGCGCGGCAAUGCUGCACACGCGCAUUAGACAUCCCCAUAGGAAAGCAUUGAGAAAUGCUUUCAAUGCUUUCCUAUAAGGAUUUCAGCAACGCUGGAGGUCCUCACAUAGCGUGAGGACGUCCAGCGACGUUAUAGCACACUUUUAUGUGCUAUAAACACGGAAGUGCCCUCUAGUGGCUGUCUAUUACACAGCCACUAGAGUAGGAGUUAACCCUGCAAGGUAAAUAUUGCAGUUUAUGAAAACUGCAAUAAUUACAUUUGCAGGGUUAAGGGUAGUGGGAGUUGGCACCUAGACCACUCCAAUGGGCAGAAGUGGUCUGGGUGCCUGGAGUGUCCCUUUAACAAAUAUUUUGGUUUUAAAAUAAUGGGGUCCUAUACAUAUUAUUUUUAUUAUUGUGUAAAAACCUCAACCAGGGACCAUCAAUCUGUCAGAGACAUGAAACUGGUUGGGGUGGAGGGUGCAACUAAAGGACUUGCAUCAAUCGGGACUUUUAUCAGUUUUAUUGGUGGAUGAGCUCUGAGUACCCAACAGAUGAUACUGACCGUUAAAUCUUCCCCUUGCAGUUUAUGUAUAAGACCACGAUUGGUUGUGCAGCAGGUGGCUAAUUAAACCACGGUGGUUUAAAUAAUGUCAUGUAGGACCCUUCAGUAUGUUGUCCAUGAUGAGGGUUAGUUACCAGCAUCAAAACAUACGUUGGGCUAUUUCUUAUUUUCAUUUUCACAGUCACUAUGGGUAGCACUUGAUCUUCGCUGUAAAUAGUUAUUUUUUCAAGAUAAGGACAGGGAUUAGGUAACGUAUACCCAUGAAGAGUGAGCUCCCAUGUGCUGAGGUUUGCAGGGUUAGCUGGUAUUUUUAGCUUCAGGACAAAUAGACUACAGCACCUCUAGGCUUGGUGCUCCAGAUGUUAUGGAUUGCAUCUCCCAUAAUGCUCUGACAGGCAUAAUGCUGGCAAAGCAUCAGGGGAGAUGUAGUCCACAACAGUGACGACUCUAGAAGCAAUAUAUAGGGGUGGGAACGUAACGCCUAUGGUCCACUAACUCUGUCAUUCUUAUGUAUUUAGCUGGGACUCUCUCUCUUUUUUGCAACUCCAUGUACUGUUUAGGCAGCUCACAGUUAUGCCUGUGAUAAGAGUGAGCCUUUCCAGCAGCAAAUUUAAAGGAACACUGACAGGGUUAUUGACUAAAAUGAGAAUCCAAAGUGAAUAUAAAAUUUGAGUCCAAAGUCGCAAAACUGACUUAGCUGACUUCACGUUUCCAGUUCAGCUAUUUUUAUUUUGAAUUUGAAAUUCUCUUUUAAAUUCCCACUUUUGUGAAUAAACCUAGGAGGCGGGUGAACCUGUAUCCCUUUAGUGUCCCUGUCUUUAGUUAAACAGGUUCUCCCCCACCCUUGUGUGCCAUAAAAAUAAUAAAAUAAGGUUUCUUACUUACCUUUUUCCAGUGCUGAGUCUCCCUCGGCGCUGCUUAUCUCUCUGCCUCUCGUUAAGUGAUGGAGGAGGCAUGGCUUCUUCUGGCAAGUCUCCAAUCCAAUGCUCCUUACAGAGGAGCAUAAGGCACUGAUGCACAUGAGUGGAAAGCACUGAGCCCAGCUCCAAGUCUUCCCUAUAAGAAAGCAUUGAAUUCAAUGCUUUUGUAGGGGGGGCUGCAACGUCACGUGACCAGGUUUUACUCUGUAGUUGCAGCAGAGGCUCCUCUAGUGGCUGUCAGUAUGUGUUUAACCCUUCAAAAUAAACAGUGCCAUUUCUGCAUUGUUAGGAAAUCUGCAUCAAGGCCAAUUCAUUGAGAUGAAGUGACCUGGGUGACUUUAGUGCUUUGUAGGGAGGAGACAUUGUAUAUAGAUAGUAGGUCCUAGUCAAUGUCUUUUCAGUCUCUCUCUGCUAUAUUUUUCCUAGCAUUUUGCCUUCUUAGCUUUUCUCCAUACAAAGAUACUAUACAACUUUUAAAAGUGUGGGAAACCCACUAUUAUGCUUUUACUUUAUUAGCAAAUCAUUUUUGUUGUUUGGUGAUUUUAGCCUGUUGGUGUAUAUACAGGCACUUGUUGCCUACUGUACAUCUUUUUAUUAUAGCGUUUGCCAUCUUUUAGAAACACUGUGUGUUGUGUGUUCAUUUCAAGGAAUUCUGGGAUUACUUUAUAGUUUAUUUCUAAUUUGUCAUUUAAAUUAUUUGAAAGUUUUUAUAAAUUUCACCCUUCUCCCAUCUGUAUACGUGAACCAUAGGCCAGUUGGGAAUAGAUCUGGAUUUUGUCCUACUUGUUUCAAUGAUUGAAAGUUGUUAAUUAUUGUCAUUCUUUAGACUUUAAAAUAAAAGACCUCUUUGUCAUCUUAACAUUCUUGAAAGGUCUCGUCAAGUACUCUCAUAGCAAUCAAAAAGUACUGGGAUAUAGUUCAGGAGCAACAAAUUUUAGGUUGCUAUAACCCAAGACAAUUCUAGAGAUAUUGGAAUAACGUUUCAAUGACUAGAUAACGUUACGAGAGGAUUAGCUAUCACGUGAUGUAACAAUGUAGACAAGAUCAAUGAAUUGGGGAAGAAAGGCAUAAAUAACUGGAGUAGCAGAGAAAAGAAAGCAUUACAUCUUUUUGUUUUCUGUUAGUAGUCACACACAUUUUAAGAGGUCGGGCAGACAAUGAGAACAGUGAUUCUAUGCCAUUCUGGAUGUUUGACAGAGUAAAUUGGCAGGAUGUGUAGGCAACAGGUAAACGAGACAGUAAACCACAACAGAAAAAGGGCUUUCCAAAAAGAACUGGUGAGGUAUGACCAAUUUGAAAUCAAAGUAAGGACACAUCUACACCAACAUCUUGACGUGAGACAAAGCCAAACAUUUCUUAAACAAGGUGACUGAUUCAGAGCUGGUUAGUUUAUUGUUUAGUCUCCUGGAAUAGGUCAGAAUGCUUAUCAUAUGUGUCCCAAUCCAUGUCCUACGUCACAGGUGUCUAGGGCUGGAAAUACAUCAGUCAUCGAGGUGACAUUUGCUUAAGGACAGGAAACAAAAAUUUCAACUUUGUAGAUUAUAUUUUAUUAUUUUAACAGCUAAUGGUCUGUACCCCCUCAUGGAGAGGUGUGUUGUAAUCCCUUUAUUUUAUUAAUUUUAAAAUGCUAAGUGGUAAACUUCAAUAUCACUCAAUUAAAGUUAAGACCCACAUCUGCCAAAUUUUUCUAGUUGAAGAUAGAAGAUUUGGAUCUGUUUAUCAGCUGAUAUUAACCCCUUCAGGACCGAGGACGGUUCAGGACUGUCAUCGGCAUUUUUGCGUUGCCGACCGGUGACAGUCCUGAACCGUCCUAACGGUGCAAUGUACUUAUCCGAUCGCCGUCGUUCCCCCGGCGGCGAUCGCCGUUGCUCCCGGUGUGGGGAGACUGCCUGCAGCCCAGACAGUCUCCCCACGGCGGAUUAGGACCGCUGGGGCCAUGUGAUCGCUCAACAGCGAUAGGUGUCCAUGUGUCUGCCUGCAGGGGAAUUGCCUGUGCUGACAGGUUUUUCAAGUAAAAGUAAAAAAACAUGUAUUUUUUAAAUUUUUUUAUCAUUUUUAAAAAAAAUUUUUUAAAUGAAAUUACAUGAGAUUAUAUAAAUAAUGGUAUGUAAAGAAAGCCCCCUAUGUCCUGAAAAAAACAAUAUAUAAUUUGUAUGGGAACAGUAAAUGAGAGAGCGAAAAAUUACAGCUAAACACAAACACCACAAAAGUGUAAAAAGAGGCCUGGUCGCACAAAUAUGUACACGUGGGGUGUUAUUCAGAGAUUUAUGACAGAUAAUAGUGUUACAAUGUCACUAUUGAUACAUUUUAAAAAUGUAUGUUUUGAAACCGCAAUAUCCUACUUGUACCUGUAGCCCUAUAACUUGCAAAAAAGCAUGUAAACACUGGGUAUUUUUAAACUUAUGACAACAUUUUGAAUCUAUUUAGUAGUUUUUUUCAUUCACUUUUGUAGAUGAGUAAAAGAUUUUUCAUGUAAAAGUAAAAAAACUUAUUUUUUUCAAUUUUUUAUCAUUUUUUUAUUUGUUUUUUAAUUAAAUGAGAUUAUAUAAAUAAUGGUAUGUAAAGAAAGCCCCUUUUGUCCUGAAAAAAACAAUAUAUAACUUGUAUGGGAACAGUAAAUGAGAGAGCGGAAAAUUACAGCUAAACACAAACACCACAAAAGUGUAAAAAGAGGCCUGGUCGCAAAUGUACAACAUCGCAAAAACAGUCCAGUCCUUAAGGGGUUAACUGAGAUUCAGCUUCAAUUUAAAAAAAAACAAAAACAACAUUAACAGGGUUUUUCAGAAAUGUCUGAAUGCUUCCUAUCCUGGUGUGCAAGAAUCAUUCAGAUCCAUCCAGGAACAUGAUAAGAUUGCAAAAUACAUUGCGAAAUACAUUGCAAAAUACAUUGUUCACAAGAUUUAGCAAUGUUCAGAGCUUGCUAAAUAGCAUUUGAAUGGACUUGAAUGUCCACCCGAUUUCAACCUAUCUGUAUGCAACCUGACUUUUAAAACUCCACAAUACUUGGCCACUGUCAUGACAAGCAGCUAAAAAAGUUAAAAUAAAUUUAAAAACAUGUAAUUCAAAUGCAAUAAUAAAAAAACCUAUGGAGGUCUAUAUGACCUCUUUAUAAUUCAUGGUAGGAUAAAAUCCUCCCUUGAACACUACUUGACAUGCAUUAGUGAUGGGAUGUAGCCUUUAAAAGUAUAGGUGAAGUGCUACCAACCCACGGUGUUUCACCUAUCAUGGGGGGCCACAGAGCCUGCUGCCUUAGGUUCCCCCUUAGGAGGGUAGCAAAAGUUGGGCAGUGAGCGAGCUCUGAUCUAUAUUUACCCUGGCAGCAAAGGUCCCUCACGUGCACCGUGGUAAUGUCAAGAGCCAGAAUAUGACAUCACUAUUGAGAGCACGAAAAUCAGAGCAGCUCCAGUAGACACCAGGCAGAAGGCCCACACCAGCUCUCCCAAAAGUAAGGAGGCUGGGUGGGCCUCAAAAAGAGUAUGUGUGCAAGAAUGUGUCAGUGAAUGUGUGUCAGUGAGCGUAUGUCAAUGUGUAUCAGUGAGAGUAUGUGUCUGUCAUGCCAUGUGUGCUGGUUAAACAUUGGCUAAUCCAAUGAGUGUGUGCUUAAGAGGAUGAAAACGUUUCAUUAAAAAAACAUUAAUUUCACUCAAUUCAUGUGAUUUAUUGUAAUAGGCAUAUAUGUGUGUGUGUGUGUGUGUACAUAUAGGGUAUAUAUAUAUAUAAUGUGUAGAUGCACACAGUAUUACAUCUAUACAAUAUGCAAGCAGUAAUGCUAUAAAAUGUACAUAGUUACAUUGGCUCAAGAAAAGACUUGGGUCCAUUAAAGGGACACUGUAGGCACCCAGACCACCUCAGCUCAUUGAAAUGGUCUGGGUGCAAUGUCCCUCUGAGGGUUAACUCCUCCUCUAGUUGCUGCCUACCAAACAACCACUAGAGGGACUUCCAGAAUCAAAAUGGACCUUUGGUCCAUUAUCUGACAUUCUCUCUGCAUGAGGACCUCCAGCAUCAGAUUUUUGGAGCAUUAGGUCUCCCACACCGGCUGACGUCAGCAGGGGAGAAGUGGGGGUGGAGCCUGACUCAGCGCUGAGUGACAUCGGAGCUGGAUUCAGGUAAGUGACUGAACAGGUUGUUUUUUUUUUUUUUUUUUUUUGGGUCGUGCAGAUAUGCGUACAAGAAGAGACAGUAACAUUGUGUGUGAAACAAGACAUAAUACAGACUGAUUAGGAACAAUUAAUGUCAUGCUUUAAAGGGUGUAGAGAGUCUGGUGGAAUACCCAGCGUCCCUAGUAGUGUUGUCGCCCCCUGCAGGUUUUUGAUUGGGUAAGAGGUUUCUCCAUGGUGUACCAUCAGGGUGUGGGACAUGUGCCAUCUGUAUGUUAUAUUACGUGUGCACAGGAAGAAGGUAAAUGGUUGGAGGGACCUCCGCCAUGCCAUGGUGCCCCUGUGAGAUCUGCAUAAAAGGUGAGGUUCAUGCCCACAAAGGAGUAUGGGGACAGACCUCUAAUUGCAUUUAGGACUGCGGCCUUGUCUUGCCUGCUCUGGAAUCUCACAAUCAGGUCCGAGGGUGCUGUAGCUGGGGCUUUCGCUGGUUUAGGGAUCCUGAACAUGCCGUCAAGGUUUACUGAUUUUGCCUGUUUGGGGGUCAAAGUUGCACCCAUCAGGCAUCGCAAGAGAUGCGGUAAUUCCGCCUCAGGAACUGUGUCUGGUAGGCCACGGAUCUUGAGGUUCUUGCUGCGCCAAGCAUUCUUCAGUGCCGCAAUCCUUUGCUCAAAGGCAUGAUGAUUCUGCUGUUGCAGAGACUGCAUCUCUCGUUGCAGGUGUGCCACCUGUUGUAUACUGCUUCUUGAUUCUUGCUCUAAGGCUCCCAUGCGUCCGGUCAGACCCCUUAUAUCUUUCCUGAUAUCAGCCACGUCGGCCUGCAUGAUGGCCUUUGUGACCAGGGACGAAUCUGGCUGAGGCAGUGUCGGCACAGUCCCUGGCGGAGUAGGAAGGUAUUGUACCUCUUAUCCCAGCAUGGGAUCAUCAGAGAUGUUUCAUUCUUCAUCGAGGUAAGCAGCAGUCUUGUGAUCAAGGCCACCACGUGCUUGCCUCUAGAGAUUGCCGAUACUUUUUCACGAUCUAGGCGGUUCUAGCCUCUAUUUUUUUGCCUUCUGCCCAUCUUGAUGUAGCCAGUCGGGACAGAUAAGUGCCAAUCAAAAUUGUUGGGUAAAAAUAGCGAAAUUAGGGGUAAAGUAGCAGAUUUUCCCAGAGCUCAUCAAGGUUGCGACUGUUCAGCUUAGCUGCUCGGCUCCACCCCAUGAACAGGUUUUAACCCCUUCAGCACCGUGGGAGGGGGGCACUGCAGGAUUCCAUAGUGCCAAGAAAACAGGUUUGUUUUCCUGGCACUAUAGAAUCCCCUUAAGUUCAAGAAAGUGUGUAUGCUUAAAAGAAUAAAAAUGUUUAAUUUAAAAAUAAUUUCACUUAAUUAUUAUGAUUUUAUGUGUGCAUGUUUUAAUAUGUGUGCAUGAUUUAUUAAUAAAUGUGUAUAGAUUUUAAAUAAAAGCACUUUAAAUAUAUAGAUCCUCUGCCAUCUGUUAAUGGAAAUCUCAACACUAGACAUGUGCCAGAUGGUCUAAUGCCUUAGAUUUAGUGACAGGCAGUUCUCUUGCUCCUUGUUACUGUGUAAAUCCCACUGCGGGUGUUUUUCACGCUUGCUGGGAGAGUAUGGGAUGCACCGAUGCCAAUAUGCUGGCAGUGAAGCUAACAUUUUAGCAUCAGCAUGGGGAUUGCCUAAUCACUCUAAACUCACACAUAUUCACAUUCCAUAUACAAUCACACUGAGCCAACUUCACACAGAAUCAAACUCAGCCAAUCACUGCACAAACUCGGUCACCCACACAUCUCACCAAUAUAUAUAGCACUGAGCCAAAAAAACACAAUCAUACUCAGCCAAGCACCAAACAGAAUCAAACUCAGUCAACCACUGCACAAACUCAGCCACCCACACACCCCGCUCAGGUCAAUUACAAAAAAGGAGAAAGGUGGGGCGAUAAGGUUUUUUUUUUUUAUUCUUACAUUAAACCUAGUUACUCCUCUUCAGAUGGACCUGUCUCUGGUGCUCCAUGCUCCUUUGCAUGGGUUGAAAGUGACUAUGUUAUACUAAAGGUGGGACAUGCCGAUGGACAGUGGUUGGGGCAGAUUAUUGCUAGAAAGGGGGACCUACGGUUGUCCCUCUCCACCUAUUAGCGGUGGGUGGGGGUUAUUAUUAUAAUAAAUGGGGGGGGAUAUAAAAGAGAGGCAUAUAUAUUGGUAAGCUUUGAGGCUACAGGGAACAACUAUCAUGUCCCUCCUGUAUUUUAGUACUACUCACACCCACUGCUAUUGGGUGGGGCGAACAAUGACAGGUUCCCCCUCUAGCAACAAUCUGCCCUUACGUGAUCAAAGAGACGAUUACUAAAUAUUAAUGUAACCAUAUUUUUUGUUGUAAAAUAAAUCUAACCAUUUCUUUUUUUUUUUGAUCAGGUGGAUCAGGAUAUAUCAUCUUGUAUAUAUUUUUGGGGAAUCAUUAUCACUUUACAUGGACAUACCACAAUGUCAGGUAAAUAACAGGUAUGGCAUCUUUCGUGGAUGUAACCUCACUGGAAUUCCUCUUGUACAAACCGAUAUUGGAAUCCUUGAUUUAGGUUCCAACUACAUUUUGGAAAUAAAUGCGUCAUCUUUUCCUUUUCUGGAAAAAUUAUUUAAACUUCAAAUUGACAGUCAAAAAAAUGAGAAACUAACAAUCCGAAACCACAGCUUUCGAAACUUGCCGGGACUAAUUGAAUUGGAUCUAUCAUAUAACCGAAUGCUCAUACUGGAUUCAGAAGCCUUUGCAGGUUUGUCAUACUUGCAAAAUCUCUUACUGUACUACAACAAUUUGACAGGAUCAAUUUUGGAAAAUGAUUAUUUUAAAGAUUUGAAAUCUUUGGAGUACCUAGAUCUUUCUAGUAACGCAAUAUCGUAUCUGAAACCCAAUCCAUUAUUUUAUUAUCUUCACAACUUUCAUCUACUGACAUUAAAAUACAAUCACAUCUCACGUAUUUGUGAAGGUGACCUUCAUAGCUUUGAAAGAAAAAUGUUUACUGUCAUGGAUUUAUCAAAUAAUAGGUUACACGAAUCAGGUCCCGAUGUCUGGAAGAGUUGCGGAAAACCUUUCAGGAAUAUUCAGUUUGAUACCCUAUUGCUCGGUAGCAAUGGAUUGAAUGUGGACUCAUUACAAAGUAUUACCAGUGCUUUGAAUGGAACCAAAAUAAUGCAUUUAAAGUUGGCACAUCACAUAAUGGGAGCCAGUUUUGGUUUUCAUAACCUUAAAGAUCCAGAUAAUACCACAUUUACAGCCUUAGUGAACAGUGAUCUGCAAAUUCUUGAUAUAUCUGAUGGAAGCAUUUUUUCUCUAAACCCGUAUACAUUUGCAAAUCUUUCUCAACUUUUACUGCUGAAUCUUGCUGAAAAUAAAAUAAACCGCAUAAAUAUGUAUGCAUUUCAUGGACUUAACAGCCUCCUUCAUCUUAACCUUUCCAACAAUUUACUUGGAGAACUAUAUGAGUACACAUUUGAUGGACUUCCAAAUGUAAUACACAUUUAUUUGCAACAAAAUCACAUUGGAGCAAUUCGUGAUGCCGCUUUCAAGCAACUUACAAAAUUGGAACUUUUGGAUCUCCAAGAUAAUGCAAUUAAACAAAUUAGGUUCUGUGAACAAAUAAAUUACGUACAAGUAAUGUACAUUGGCAGAAAUAGGUUAAAAGCAGUUGGCCAGACAUAUGUGAAUACAACCUACUUUGACGCUACACAAAAUAAUCUGGAGAAUUUGGGAGAACUGUAUUGGCUUUCAAAUAUUCCACAAAUUAAAGGUAUAAUCUUAAAUCAGAAUAGGCUGUCUUAUUGCUACCCUUUUUUUAAUAUUUCCAAAACAAAUUCCUUGAUCUACCUGGACCUAUCUGAAAACAUGAUACAGUUAAUAUGGGAAAAGGGUCAAUGCUUAGAUGUUUUCCAUCACCUUUCUAGGUUGAAAGUACUAAUUCUUUAUGGGAACCACUUUGCUUUUAUUCCAGAUGGCAUAUUCAAUGGAUUAUCAUCUUUAAAAAACCUUAAUUUGUCUCAUAACUCUCUCACUUAUAUUUCAAAUGGAAUAUUUCCUUUAAGUCUGGAAAAACUGGAUUUGUCCAAUAACCAGUUGCUUUCACCGAGUCCAGAAUUAUUUACCUCCAUCCAGUCACUUGACAUAACAAAAAAUAAUUUUAUAUGUGAUUGCACACUAGUGAGCUUCAUAAUGUGGCUAAAUGAGACAAACACAACCCUUUUAGGCUCUCCUAAUGACAUUUAUUGUAUGUUUCCUACAAACUUCCUAUAUCAACCACUUCAUAAAUUGAAUGUUGACGGCUGUGAUGAAGAUCUUGUGUUGCUGCCACUUAGAUUUUCUCUCUUUGUCUUUACAACUUUGAUUAUUGCUAUUUCUGUGACAUCAACAAUAGUCUAUAAUCAUUUCAGAGGAACUUGUUUUGGCCUGUUCAGGAGAAUCACAACAUCAGUGUUGGGUGGACCAAAGUCUGAAGGCUCAUUAGAAAUGCACCAGUAUGAUGCUUACUUGUGUUACAGUAAAAAGGAUUUCCAGUGGGUGCAAAACUCUUUCCUUGAAAACCUUGACUCCCAUUAUUGUGAAAGGAACCGCUUCCAUUUGUGCUUUGAAGAAAGAGAUUUUGUUCCGGGUGAAGAUCAUAUUAUGAAUAUCCGUCAAGCCAUCUGGAACAGUAGAAAAACCAUCUGUAUUGUGUCAAAGCACUUCCUUAAGGAUGGCUGGUGCAUCGAAGCUUUUAACUGUGCUCAAAGUAGAUACUUUACAGAACUAAAAGAUGUGCUUAUUAUGGUCGUUGUGGGGACAUUAUCUUCAUUCCAACUAAAGAGAUAUGAACCUAUUCGAGCUUUUGUGCAGAGGAGUCAGUAUAUGAAAUGGCCAGAAGACUCCCAAGAUGUAGACUGGUUUCUUGGUAGACUUUCCUAUAAAAUCCUUAAAGAGCAAAAUGUAAAGAAACAGGCAAAAGUAACAAAAAUAGCAUCUACUCUGGAACUGCGAGCUGUAGCAACAGUUUCAUAAGCCCCAUAGUAUGGUUCUAUAAUCCAUGCAGCUUUUACUAUGUUCCUGGUUUGCCAAAAUGUGAACAUGCAAAUUUAGUAGGAUAUAGAAGAAAUGUUUAAAUGUAGCUUUAAUGUUGCUUUUCUUUUUGAAUUCAAAAAGAAGUACCAAAGAAAUAUGUUUGUUUCUCUCAUGUAUUAGUGAGCUUAAAGGUACUGCUGCUUUAAUAAAUUGGUAACAAAAACAGUAGAAUUUUCUGCUAAACUUGGAAUCGUAGAAAAGUAAUUUGAUAACUGGAGGAAAAAUGGCUAAUCUGUACAAACCUUUGAUUAUUAUUAUUAUUAUUUUUUAAAUCUCAGCUAUCCUCUUGCUUUAGUAAGAGUACAAUAUAUGAUUUUCAUUCAAGCAUCUAGUUACUGUCAGUGUUCUGUUACGUUCUUUAUGUAUUUUUAACAAGUUGUGUAUAUGUUGAUGACAUUUGUUAUGAAGCUUAUUGCUAUUUUUAAAUUAAUACCUCAGUUGUUGCCAUUUCUAUUUUAUCAUUAUUAAUUUCAAAGUACUUAUAAAUCCUGAAAGUUAAAGGGUAACUCUGUGUCUAAAAUUUGCACAUAGAUUUUUUAUGCAUAAUUAAAGGCAUACUAUAGUCACAGGGUUAAAGGACCACUCUAGGCACCCAGACCACUUCAGCUUAAUGAAGUGGUCUGGGUGCCAGGUCCAGCUAGGGUUAACCCAUUUUUUUAUAAACAUAGCAGUUUCAGAGAAACUGCUAUGUUUAUAAAUGGGUUAAUCAUUCCCCCAAAGCCUCUAGUGGCUGUCUCAUUGAAAAUCACAGUGAGAGCACGCAAGCGUCCAUAGGAAAGCAUUGAUAAUGCUUUCCUAUGCGACCGGAUGAAUGCGUGCAAAGCUCUUGCCGCGCGUACGUAUUCAGCCGACGGGGAGGAGAGGAGGAGGAUCGGAGGAGGAGAGCUCCCCGCCCAGCGCUGGAAAAAGGUUUUACCCCUUUUCCCCUUUCCAGAGCCGGGCGGGAGGGGGACCCUGAGGGUGGGGGCACCCUCAGGGCACUAUAGUGCCAGGAAAACGAGUAUGUUUUCCUGGCACUAUAGUGGUCCUUUAAUGAAGCGGUUUUGGUGUAUGGAUCAUGCCCCUGCUGUCUCACUGCUGAAUUCUCUGCCAUUCAGGAGUUAAAUAACUUUGUUUAUGCAGCCACACCUCCCUGCCUAUGACUUACACAAUCUUCUUAAACACUUCCUGUAAAGAGUCAUCAAAUGUUUACUCCUUUAUUGCAAAUUCUGUUUAAUUUAUCUUCUGCUCUGUUAAUAGGUUUCUAGACCUUACAGGAGUCUCCUGCAUGUGAAUAAAGUUCAAUUUACAGAGUAGGAGAUUAAAACGUUUAAAGUAAGGUAACAACUGAUUUGAAAACAAAAGCAUUUUUUUUCAUGCAGGCUGUGUUAGCCACAGCCAGGGGAGGUGUAGUUAGGGUUGCAUAAACAGAAACCUAAGUGAUUUAACUCCUAAAUGGCAGACAAUUGAGCAGUGAAACUUCAGAGGCUUGACUAUACACAAAAACUGCUUCAUUAAGCUAAAUGUGUUUUGGUGACUAUAGUGUCCCUUUAAUUGUUCCAAAAUAUGCAUUUAUAAUAAAUUCUGCAAAUAUUAUCUAAGACCUAUACAUGUACCUUUCAAUAGCUGCAGAACUGGUCUCUUUAGAUAAAGAAUGUCAACCACAUUUUUGCCAUACACCUACUGAAAUCUUAGGGUUGGGCAUUAUCCAAUCAAAUGACUGUCAUAGAGAAGCACUGAUACCAAAUCUAUAUUGCAAAACUUAUCAUAGAAAUAGGUGGGGCUUUUUUUUUUAGAUUUAGAGAUUAGUAUACAAAAGGGUAUGACAUAUAGUCAAGCAGGGCGGGUAGCUACUUUCAUGGGACAAACAUUCUCCAUUCGUUAUUUAACCAUUCUUACAUAGUUAAACACUGAAUGAUGGUGCAUGGAUGCCCACAGCUUACCCCACACUGGAGGGGUGGCUAAGGCAGAUAUUUCAUUCUUCCUUAACAUAACAACAAGGGGGUAGCUAUAAUAGGUUGAAAGAAGAAAGUUGACCCUCUAAGCCAAUCACUGCCACCCCGUCAUUCUAAUAGUCUGAUCCUUCAAGACCAUGCUCUAAUCCUUCUGAUUUAGCGUUAGCUGGUUUAUGUGAAAAUGUCUUUGCUAAACAAGAAGGACAUUCCAUAAUUUUAGUGUUGAAAGAUCAAACUGUGACGGGUUAUCCUAAAGGAAUUAACAUUUAGUGAUUCUUCAAACAAUGCAAAUUCUAAUCUUACCAUUUCAGGUUUAUAUGUUUGUGCAACAUGAAAAAAAGUUCAAGAUUUGGUUUGAAAUGUUAAUUUUUUUUAUUUUACCUGGGAAAAACUGUAUUAAUUAGUAAAACAUUCACUGUCCUUAUGUUAGAAUUGUUUUACAGAGCUCAGCAGUAUUAAGGUAUUUUUAAAACACCACUAAUUUUACUAUCCAUUGUAGGCUUCGCAUAUUCAAGUAUAUCUUUCAUGAAAAUGCUACGUGUUAUAUGUUAAGCGAACCAAUAUUCUACCUAAUGUAAAUAUUACAUUUUAUAUUAUGCUGCCACGUGCAUACUUGAAUUUGAAUUCGUACCUAGAGGGGUAUACAUAGUGCCUCCAUGUUUGGAAAAAUAAUUGUAAAAAUGAAGUGUGUUAAAAUUCACAACAUGAUAGCUUUAUCUAAUUUCUCAUAGUUAAGCUUUAACUACCAAAAAAAUCAAUAGUGCAAAUUUAAUUGGACUACUGCAAUACUUACGAAUUUGCAUGUAAAAUACUGCCAAAUAGUAUAAAGACAGUAGUUUUAUAACAAGAUCUCAUUUAUUAAAUAGUUUUUAUUUAUAGAUUUGUGUAGAUAUUAAAUAUGCUAGCAUCUUACUAACAAAGUAUGCCAGUAACAUGUGUACUAGUGCUGAGUGCAAACAAGCAAUCAUUAUAUGUUAUGGGAUUUGUUUGGCGCUUGUCCUAAUAUUUAAAACAAGGUUUUUUUAAUGUUUCAUGGGAUUUCAAUAAUGAGACCAGAAAGCAAACCAUAGAGUUGAUUCUAUAUAUUACUAAGCCUCUCAACCAUCCCGAUUUCAGUGGAAUAGCCAUGGUUUUCGGGUCUUGUCCCUCUGUCCCGGUGUUGUUCCCUGGUGUGCCACUUUUGGGGGAACUGUUCCUGACAAUCAUUAGACAUGCCUGCGCUACGCCACGGCAUUAGAACCCUGCAGACAGCACUGAAACAGCGCUCCCUGCAUGAUACACGCCUGGUUGGUCACCCUAUGUGAUGGGCAGGCAGCAUUGGCUGUAGGUUGACUUGUCAUUUUAUAGACGGUCCUGCCCUGUUUCUGUGUGGGUCCAACUUCUUUGGGCAGAGCCAGUUACUGACCUUUUUACACUCCCACCAGAGUCCAGCUUCACAGGGCGCCGUAGUUGGGAGGUAAGCAUUAUUGGUGUUUGGUGUCGUAAUGUACAAGCGAAAUUCAAUAACCUGAAAGAGACACAAAGGGUUAUUUACUUAAGCGAGAAUUCCAAGUGAAUUCAAAGAGAAUUUUCUCUCUUUAGUGAAUAACCUUGACAAUCAUCCACACAUUUUUCUAAUUCCAUACAAAUAUUUCUACAUUAGAAGACGAAACAUAUACGUAUUCAUUUCUAUUAUUUAAAUGGACACAAUAUGCUUUAGUGGUCACAUUUUAAAUGCUUUAUAAAGGUAAACCAUACAAAUAUGGAGAGAAUAAAUUUUAAAAAUACCAUACUAAAACUGCAAACCUGCUCAGACAUAUGUGUACUGCAAGCAGACUACUCCAAAACCGAGAGGAGGCUCUAUCAAUCAGGGUUUUUUUUGUUCCUUAUCCCAUGUCCGACAGGAGUUUGUGGAAUACGUAGUUUAGCCUCCAGUUGACGUUCCACUCAGCAAAUAAGAUCAGUGAAAUGGCCAAAUAAACUGAUAAAAACCCCACUGACACUUUUAAUUUUUUAUUCAUGGCCAAAUUCAAAGUUUUGCAGCUAUAAACCACACUAAGCAGAGAGACAGAGCACUUCUUCAUUCAAGUUAUUACAUUAUGAUGCUUAGAGUGAACUUUUAGGUGAUCCAUUGCUUUAUCUUGGGGGAUAUGAUAGAAACAUUUAAAUAUAUAAAGGGAAUCAACACAGUAAAGGAGGAGACUGUAUUUAAAAGAAGAAAAACUACCACAACAAGAGGACAUAGUCUUAAAUUAGAGGGACAAAGGUUUAAAAAUAAUAUCAGGAAGUAUUACUUUACUGAGAGGGUAGUGGAUGCAUGGAAUAGCCUUCCAGCUGAAGUGGUAGAGGUUAACACAGUAAAGGAGUUUAAGCAUGCGUGGGAUAGGCAUAAGGCUAUCCUAACUAUAAGAUAAGGCUAGGGACUAAUGAAAGUAUUUAGAAAAUUGGGCAGACUGGAUGGGCCGUCACAUUCUACGGUUCUUAUCUGCCGUCACAUUCUAUGUUUCUAUGUGACUAUUCCAUUGCUAACCUGUAAAACACAGGUCUCCAUUCCACCCACAUCCUGUUGGCUGUGGUGUUUACUAGAAAAACUGCUAAACCCUGCAUUAACCAGCAGCACCUUUGCUAUGGUCCUCCAUAUUGCAGUAUGUUCCAGGACAUGUUGAAUCAUUUGGCCCCUUUAAUCACCCUCAUUAGAAUGCCAGACAGAUGCACAGUUCCUUUGGUAAUACAUAACGACUGUCCCCGGUUCUUAGAAUCCCUAGGGAAUAGCUACAAUUCUACACUAGGUAUUAGUAUACUAGAGGCUACAUUCUUAUGUGCUAUAACGACAAGGCUGUGUGUCAUUGCCUUGAAAUUUCAACCCAUAUGGCAGUAAUGCUGCCUGGUUUGCAUGGUUUAAGAUUGGCACUAUCUUUUGUGAAGUUAACUGCUGAGUCUAAAUCAGGACAGUUAACAGUUAUGACAUUUAUUGAAUUCAGGUAUUGUGUAUUGUGCAUGAAAAUUAUGAGUGUAAAUUGAGCCUCCUUACUAUCUUAUAAUUUUUUUGGGCAAACAUAAAAUGACCUUGAAUAUAUUUCUUUAGGUAGGGUGAACUGACGAAGAGCAGAGAUUAGAUUAUUUCCAAUUUUAGAAACCUGUUUCUGGUAUCAACUUUUUGUAAAAAUCUGUUUGUGUGUUUUGUUAGGGUGUCUGUUACAAAUAUCAGCAACAUAAAGUACAUAUUUUUAAAUAAGCUACUUUGAAAAAUGAAAACAUGAUUUAUUGUUAGUAACGUAUUAUACAAUGUAAUGUGUCAUUAAAGACCUUCAGCUCUUAUUAUUUUCUGUGUUUAAGAUAUGUGAAUAGUAAAUGUGUCUGUCUGUUUAUCCUGAAUGAAGAUUCUUGCACAGUGAUGGCUAAACAUGGUACAAAAUGUGAUUGUAAUCUGAUUAGUCCAAGGCGCUCUAUCACUUUGGCUGACUGGAUGUCAUGGGAUAUGUAGUCCUCAAAAUAUCUCAAGUGUCAGAGUUAGCCAUCACUGCACAAGGGGCUGCCUGGAAGGGUAGAUUAUUGCACUGUAUAUCAUAAAAAAAUCCUGUUGUGUAUUACUUAUGUCACAAUACUUCAAUAAAUUGUAUUUUUAUAUAA